CUUGGGCGGAGCCUGGGCUCAGUUCUCCCUCCUUCCUUCUCCGCGCCUCCUCCCGCCUUUGCUCCGCCCCCUCGGUCCGCCGCGCCUGCGCACGCGCAGAAAGGAAGAGGCGGACUUCCGGUUGUAACCGGUUCACGCUCUCUUCUUGUCAGUGGCCGGCGGGAGCUUCGUGAGGUGAGUCCCCCAGUUCCUAAAAGAGGGCUAGGGAAGGCAGCGCGAGUCAUACCCCGGCGGCACGGCAAUGCGGGGGGGAUAGGUGGACUUUCGAGAUCCUUAAUCCAAAUUUCCAUCUUCAGGAAGCAUUCUUGAUACCUUCCAAGAGUAAAUGAGGGGGGGAAAGAAGGCGGAGAAGCAGAAUUGCCACUGGGAAAGGUCCAGUGGCCAAACUCACAGGACCAGCCCGCUAUCCCUCCAGCUAGUCUUCCUCCAGUGCCGGAUUAACGUACAGUGGUACCUCGGGUGAAGUACUUAAUUCGUUCCAGAGGUCCGUACUUAACCUGAAACUGUUCUUAACCUGAAGCACCACUUUAGCUAAUGGGGCCUCCUGCUGCUGCUACGCCGCCGGAGCACGAUUUCUGUUCUCAACCUGAAGCAAAGUUCUUAAACUUAAGCACUAUUUCUGGGUUAGCGGAGUCUGUAACCUGAAGCGUAUGUAACCCGAGGUACCACUGUAUAAGCUAAACAAGCUAUAAUUAGGGCCCCACUCUCUUGGGGGCCUUCAAAAAAUUUAAAGGGGGAAAAAACAUGAAUGUACAUUUCCAAAAUAUAAGAUAAAAAACAAAUAAAAUAAAACCUACGUACAGCAACAGUGUUUUGUGUUGUGUAGGCUCCUGUGAUGUAAGUAAUGGGCCCCGCCUGCUAGCCUGCUCCCUAAAAUAUCACAUACAGUGGUACCUCGGGUUACAUACACUUCAGGUUACAUUCGCUUCAGGUUACAGACUCCGCAAACCCAGAAAUAGUGCUUCAGGUUAAGAACUCUGCUUCAGGAUGAGAACAGAAAUCGUGCAGCGCGGCGGCAACAGGGGGCCCCAUUAGCUAAAGUGGUGCUUCAGGUUAAGAACGGACCUCCGGAACGAAUUAAGUACUUAACCCGAGGUACCACUGUAUAAAGGGCCCCAUUACCUUCAGUAGCUUAAGGCCUCAUCAAACCUAAAUCUGGACCUGCCUACCUCACAGGGUUGUUGUGGUGAGAAGCAAAGGAGGGUCAUUGUGUACAUGAAAGGGCAACGUGCGCCUUCCUGGAGCUCCUGGGAGAGCUGGGUGGUUGGUGGAUGGAAUCGGGAGAAAGUUGUUGCCAUAUUCAUAUUGAUUCACGCUUACAAAUGCCAGGCUGGUUUGCUUUCAACAACAGCUUUAUGCCGGGAGUGGUUGUUUCUGUAAUUAUUACCUUCAUUUGCAUCUGACUUUGCUGCUUAGGACUUAGUUGCUGUUGUAAUCUCAGAGAGCCACCAAGGUGUGAGGUCCAAAGAGCAGCUCCUGAGCGUAGCUUGUGCUUUUAACUAUUAAUUUCACAGCAAGUGAAAUAUGAAAAUUAGCAGCCGUGACCUGGCUCAGGAUGAAACUUUUUGUUUGAUGUGGGUGGAGGUUGAGGAAGACCGUGCAUUAUCAUUACUCAUGGGCACUGUUAAAAACUGUAGCUUGGUGAGUUUUCAGUGCUGUGAUUUCUUCAGGGGCAGUAACAGAAGUUUUUGACAACAGUGCAGGCCACUAGUUCCCCAUGUACUUGACAGGCUGGGGUGUGUUUGGCUCAUUAGGGAAUACUUAACUUGGAUGCCCUGUAACUAUUACGGUAACUUCGAUUGCUGUUGGAAAGUACAGAAGCAUUCAUGUUGAUCUUCUAUUAGAACCAUAGUUUUUGCAUGUGCGUCCUCCUCAGAUAAUGGUUUAUUGGGGACAGCGGGAGGGUAGAGAAGAGAAAAGCCAAAAUUCCAUCUAGUACAAAUCUCUUUGUUCUUAUUGCCUGGCCAUCUGAAUUUAGUCCAAUUUAAAGCUUUCAUAUAACCUUGUAGCUUUCUGACAAAUUUGAUCUUUCCAAUAUGAAUUUCUUUGCCUUGCAGCAAAACAUCCAACCAUGGUUCUUGCAAGUUUGAAUAAGACGAUUGGACUUCAGAAAAAGACUGACUUCAUUAGGAAUAUUUGUAUACUAGCCCAUGUGGACCAUGGUAAGAGACACCUACGUUAUGAACAGCAUAUCACACAAAUCCCUUGACAAAUGCACCAGCAGUCUGAAAUAAUUAUGGAAGAACUGCUUGUUGCUCUGUAACGUAGUUGUGUAUUAAAUACUCAUCUCUGACAACUUGCUACAUGGGUGUGUAAGAAAAGCCCUAAUAGAUUGGUUAAAGGGAGGAGACGUGGUCAUGGGAGGAUGGAUUUAAUGUUUAAUCUUAAAUAUAAGGGCUUGUUUUUCAUUUUUGUUUGGUGUACUACUUUUCAUUAUCCUUUCCUCCCCCAGGCAAGACAACUUUAGCUGACUGCCUUAUUUCUAGCAACGGAAUAAUCUCUAGCAGAUUGGCAGGCAAGGUACAACUUAAACAUUUCCAGUAUAUUAUCCAGAAUUUUUUCUCUAUCCACAUUUUCUCACAUUUAAGAAAAGUCUCUGAAAAAUGCGAAUACAGAGUAUUUGUUUAUUUUUUUACAAUUCAUAUAGCUGAGAUACUUGGAUAGCCGAGAAGAUGAGCAGAUUCGAGGAAUUACAAUGAAAUCAAGCGCAAUUUCAUUACAUUUUGGAAAAGGUAAUAUAGUUAGCACAUUCUGUAUGUUCAUUUAAACUGAUAAGUAUUGUGUUGUUGAAAUGUAGUGCUGAAAUAAAGUGUAAAGAUUUGGAUGGAAUCUAAAAUACUGAUUUUUUUUAUUAAGCUACCUGCUGUAAGGCUCAGUUCAGGUGCAGUGUUAAACCAUGGUUUAGUGUUAUGAGCUUGAGGAGACCUGAGCCUCAGGUUUGUGUGUUUUUCCCCUUGGAUGUGGAAGAGAAGAAAACAUAAUGUUUCUAUUUUUGCAGUUUGGAGCAAACUCCACUUUCCUAUUACAUCCUAAUGCAGGAAACUAAGCUUUAUUCAAACCAUGAUGAUGAUGGUUAUUGAAUGUACUCCAGUUGGAACAGAGCAUUGUUCCUAUAUUCAAAUGUGAUUGGGAGCUGAGGUUUGUUCCAAAUCACAAAUGGAAGCUUUAAUUUUCCUCCCCAGUUCCUGAAGAAGGGGAGAGAGAAUAGUGCUUUAGCUCGAGGUUCACACCUGCUCAUCUUAGUACUAAACCAUGGUUUCAUGUUACAUCGGAACUGAUCCUAAAUGUUUUAAGUGGGCAAACACACUUUUAAAAUGCUUGCUUUUAAAGCACUUUGGUUCCUUUGGUUCUAGAUGGUCAGGAGUAUCUGAUCAACCUAAUCGACUCCCCUGGCCAUGUGGACUUCUCUUCAGAAGUGUCCACAGCUGUCAGACUCUGUGAUGGCUGCAUCAUUGUGGUAGAUGCUGUGGAAGGAGUCUGUUCGCAGGUAAGGAGGAAAACCUACUUCAGAUAGAGGGGGAAAUAAAUUAAUUUGGACAUACAGUCAUACCUCGGGUUGAAUGCGCUUUGGGAUGAGCACGUUUGAGUUGUGCUCUGCGGCAACCCGGAAGUAACGGAGCACGUUACUUCCGGGUUUUGCCGCUUGCGCAUGCACAGAUGCUCUAAAUGACGUCACGCGCAUGCGCAGAAGCGGUGAAAAGCAACGCGCGCACGCACAGACGUGCCAUCACUAGUUACGUUUGCUUCUAGAUGCGAACGGGGCUCCGGAACGGAUCCUGUUUGCAUCUAGAGGUACCACUGUACCACCUUUCGACUAGUACAUGGAAUCAUCAGCUAAUAUUUAGAAUGCAUUCGUAAUUUAAAAUGCAGUGUUGUGUGCAAGAUGGAGUUCAGAAUAUGUGGCAAAGGAGAGGUAGGUGAACCCAAGAAUAUAUUUUUGUUGGCCAUGUAGUAUUAGUGUACUCGUUGAAAUUGACAUACGGAUGUCUGUAUCAGGGUAUCUUCCAAGAGGAAAAUGGUCAGACUCUUUACUUCAGUCAGGAUUUGCAAAAUGAACCAAACUUGGUUUAAUUUUAACCACUGUUGGUGAUCCUUGUGCAUAAUGCUGAAGCAGUAUGGGGGAGGAAGCCAGGAGUUUACAUGAAGAAUGCAGGCUUGAAAGAAAGGUUCAUACAACCCAGAUUCCUAACCAAGGGUCAGUUACCAGGUCAGAGUUAUACAGUAGCUCAUAUUUUCGUCAGCUGUUUUAUGGCACGGUGUCAAUAUACUUGUUUUCCUUUGCACUAGACUCAUGCAGUUUUGCGGCAGGCUUGGCUAGAAAAUAUUCGUCCAGUUCUGGUGAUUAAUAAAAUAGACCGUCUCAUAAUGGAGCUCAAGUUUACCCCUCAGGAAGCAUAUUCUCACCUUAAGAAUAUCUUGGAACAGGUAUGAGAGUUCUAAGUAGCUUGAUUAUUUGUAAUCAGCAAUAGUUGUAGAAGGAAAAGGACAGCAAGUAAACUAUAGGCAUUGUGUGCACCUAUUUGGACUACAUCAGCCUUCCCCAAACUUCAGAUGGACUACAGCUGUCAGCAGCACCAGCCAAAGCAUCUAGAGGGCACCAGGAUGGGGGAAGGCUGGAUUACUGCAAUAUCCUCUGAAGGACAGUAUUUUCAAAAACUUCAGAAGUUCAAGAAUGCAGCUGCAUAGUUAUUAAAUGGUGUCUGUCACAGACAACAUAUUCCACCAAGUUUGAAGCAGCUCCACUGGCUUAUUGUUAGCAUUCUGGUCAAAUUAAUCAGCCGAAAUAGUCUGGAACGAGAAUACCUUAGGUGUUAUGUAAGUAGCUUUUAACUAGUGUCCUUAGAGCUAGCUACAUCUGGUUCCUUAAGGGUCAUAUCUCAGUUUGCUUUCUCUAUCUAGAUUGGACCCAUGGUGUGAGAAUUAAAAUUUUACUCCUUGUACCACUUUCCACUGAAAUUCACUCCUUUGCUAAAGAAAGAGACAACGCUCUUCCUUGUUGGUUAAAAAUACCUUAACUGUAAUGUGCAGCUUGGCUCUUAUGGAUUAUCUUUUCCUAUCUGCUAUUUCUCAUGUGCUCUGGACCAUCAGAUGAGGCUCUGCUCUUGAGUACCCUGCUAAAACACCCAAGUAUGAGGAAUAGGAUCUUCUGAAGGAAUAUAUAGCUCUGAGACUGCUCAGAGGACCAGCUUAUUCAUGAUUUUCGCAAAAUGGCAAAAGCAGCUCAGGUUUCAGAGAACCUCUGGGAUGAUUGCCUGAAAUAAUUAUUAUUAUUAUUAUUAUUUUAUAUUUAUUUAUUUAUACCCCACCCAUGAAUUUUUUUGUUUGUUUUAAUUUUGAUAGUGUAACUGCUGUCUGAAAUGGUUUUUAAUAAUUUUUGAAUUUCUGGUAUUUUGGUGGCCAUAAACAUUUGUUUUAGGAAUUCUGCUUGUAAGCUGCCUUUAAAUCCUCUUUAGGGGCAGGAAGGUUAUUAUGAAAAUUAACUGGAAUGUCUCUCUAGGUGAAUGCAAUCACUGCAACACUCUUCACAUCGAAAGUUCUUGAAGAAAGGGCGGAGAAAGAAAUGGAAACUCAGUUGACUUCUGAUUCUUCACAUGGUGACCAAGUUUAUGACUGGAGUGCAGGCUUGGAAUUUUCUGAUGAUUCCAAUCUUUACUUUUCACCCGAUCAGGGGAACGUGGUAUUUGCUAGUGCAAUUGACGGCUGGGGAUUUGGGUGAGUUUAUAGAUGCUUAUUAGUAAUUUGAUCAUAUAUUUUCAUUAGGGUGGAUGAAGUUUUCAGUUUUGUCUUUGUAUACACUUUACUGCAGCACAGACUAAAUUGGGGGGGGGUAGUUUUCAGAGCUUAAUCAUUUAAUAGACAGUAGUAAAAAUAAAUAAAUCCACAGGUGAGUGGAUGGUUCCAUCUAGAGAGUGUUGCUGCACUGAAGAUUCCCAGUCUGCUUCCGUUGCAAGAACUACUUCAGUGUGGUCUUUCUAACAGAUCAGAAUUCAUAAGAGGAAGCAUUCAGAUGCCUUCUGUCUAGACUGCUUCAAGAGUUCUUAAAAGUUAAAACCUGCAUUUUGAGUUGUGGCCAGAAGCAUACUGGUGAACACUUAUGUGUAUUUCAGUGGAGCUGCUUGUUUCUACCUUGGGUGCUUAAAAUUACAAAUAGCUGUAAACCUUAGACCAAAAAAAGAAUAAAACCACAAAAAAAUCAUCUGCUAUUCACCACCAUUGAAAUGCUUGUUCAUCCUCCUAAUAGUCAAUUGCAUGCUGGUGGGGCAACACAAAAAUGGGCUUAGGACCCAUCCGUCCAAGGCAUUUUAAUGUUAAAUGUGAUUAUUAUUAUUAUUAUUAUUAUUGUUGUUGUUAUAUUUCUAUACCGCUUUAUAUUUUAAAGAAAAAUCUUAGAGCGGUUUACAGCAUAUUAAACCUCAAUACAACAUUGCAGAAUCAAACAUUUCUGAAGAAAGUCAAAUAUAAAGUACACAGUCAAAACAACACAAUUAACAGGAAACCAAAAUACCAUCUCAAAGAUUUAAAAAUAAAACACCGAUCAGUGUUAACAUUUUUUUGCUGAUCAUGUUUUUGUCAAAAAGCACUGAGUGGGGGGCCUCUCUGAGGUAUGUUCUGAAGCACUCCCAAAUAUUGUCACACUUAAGAGAAAAUAUUGGGACUCGAGAAACCUAGGAACGAAAAUUUGGGCCUUCCGUCCCGCUCAGACCAGUGCAGAACUGAUUAUUUCCAUGACGAAAUGCAAACUUCUUACUUGGCUAUAUUUUUCAGGGAAGUAAGCACAGGCAAUUUGACAGAUUUUAUUAUCAUUCCCACCAUGAUACAUCUCUGGUUGACGGGUCUAAUUUUGCACUCUGCACAGGCUCUGUGAGGCCAGCAACCCUGGCUUUACUGCCUACCAUUUGUCUGCAUCUUCAAGCUGCUUCCUAGCUUACCCGGCAAUUGUGUUUGCAGCUGCUUGGGCUGCAGAAGCAUUUCCUGUAGCAGACAUGUAAAGCGGGAAGGGCGGGCACAUCAUGACUUGAAAACACAGUUUGAGCUGUAGCCUGUCAGGCUCCCAUCUUCACUUCACACGUUUGUGCUUCAGGAAAUGACUUUGUAGCACCAGGAUAGCUACAGCCAAGGCAGUUGUAACAUUAAAUGUUAAUCAGCUCCUCCUUAUAUGCACAGAAGUGGGAUGUAGAUGACCAGAAUUGAAAUCUUGUCCCAAGUUCUCUUGCUUUUUCACGCUGGGGAAGAGAGGAUGAAAGAAGCUUUUGUCUUGCAGGUGUACAGUCAUACCUCGAGUUAAAUGUGCUUCAGGUUGAGCAUUUCCAGGUUACGCUCUGCGGCGACCCGGAAGUAAAGGAGUGUGUUACUUCCGGGUUUCGCCACAUGCGCAGACGCUCAAAAUGACAUCAUGCGCGGAAGCGGCAAAUCGCGACCCGCUCAGACACGGGUUGCGUUCGCUUCAGGAUGCGAACGGGGCUCUGGAACGGAUCCCAUUCGCAUCCAGAGGUACCAUUGUAUAGGAAACAGCAGGGUUGAUUGAAUGGAUGAGACCAAUAGUGGGUCCGAGGGUCAAGAAGGUGGUUUCUGCAUGUGCUGUAGAAGGAAGCGAGGGGCAGGUAGGGCUCGUGAACCUGGGAAGGUAGCCCAUCUAGGAGAAGAAAACUCUUGUCCUAAACCUCUGCUGCCAGCGUGGUGUAGUGGUUAAGAGCAGUGGACUCGUAAUCUGGGGAACCGGGUUCGCGUCUCCGCUCCUCCACAUGCAGCUGCUGGGUGACCUUGGGCUAGUCACACUUCUCUAAAGUCUCUCAGCCCCACUCACCUCACAGAGUGUUUGUUGUGGGGGAAGAAGGGAAAGGAGAAUGUUAGCCGCUUUGAGACUCCUUCGGGUAGUGAUAAAGCGGGAUAUCAAAUCCAAACUCCUCUUCUUCUUCUUGUGGGCUAUCUUUGGGAGAAGAAAUAGGUACAGAGUAAACCCUAUACAAAUCUGGAAAAAUAAAAGAAAAACUUAGUGAUCAACUUAAUAGUCCGAACAGAAAUGGCAUCAAAAUUGAAUGCUGAUGCUUUGUUCAGAGUUGAUAUGGUUAAGAGGUUGGCAUAAAUGCUGAUGGUAAAAUUACUCAUUUAAUUUUGAUUUGGAAAUGGAAGGCAAAUUAGGAACUCAUUUACAAAUAGCUGGAGUUUAUUUGUAGCUUUCUAGAAUAAGAGUUUUGACAAAACAUAGCUGAUGGCAUACUAUUGUGUUGAUACUCUUUUUAAAAAACAUAAUUGUUGCACUGCUUUUCAAGAAAACAUUCUUCCCAAGCUACAUGUCAAACAUACAGUAGAAUGCAAUUUAAAAUCUUAUAAAACAACAUAAAAUUUCUAAAACAGUACCCAACAACUGGUAGCUAAAAGGAACACACUAUAAAAUGAUCAAAAUAUGGCCAAAAUACUACACACUUAGGUUAGUUAGUUAAAAGUAUAGUAAAGCGGUAGACCUUUAAAGCCUGUUUAAAAUCUGCAAGGGGUGGGGCUUUUCUGAUGUCCCAGUGGAAUAACAUUAUGCAGUAGUGGAUUCCACUGUUGAAAUUGCCUUCAUCUGUGUGUUUGCCUUAUUUUAGGGUUCAACUGUAUCAAUACCUGUCUAUGUCUGUUAAGAAGCAGACCCCAUUGAGUUCAACAGAGCUCAAUCCUUCUUUACUGGGUAUAGAAUUGCCGCUUUCUUGUUUUGAUCUUAUUUAUAUGUUGAGAUAAAAGGUCACAAAAAGUGUUCAGUCUGAUUUGUCAUCUGGUGCGGUAUUAUUUAUGUUAGGGUUGCCAUACGUCUGGAAUUUUCUGGGCAUAGCUGGUAUUCGGUCCUUGUAAACAGCGCCUGGGUGGAAAUUGUUUGAAUGUCUGGGGAAAUCUGAACAUAUGGCAACCCAUGUCGGAAGUGUCAAUUUUGGUGAAUUUCAUUAUAAAUUGCUCCAAAAAAAAACAAAUCACCUUUUCUUCCAAGAUUUUGCAAAGCUCAACAACUUUGCUCAAAAAAACUCAACAACUAUUGUGUCCGGAAUUUCAUUUUUUGAAAUAUGGCAACCCUAAUUUAUGUGGUGGCUCAUUCAUAUAAGCAAGUCAUGAUGACUUCUGUCAUCAAGUGAUGACCAUUCAUGUAUGAAUUCCUCUACCUACAGUGGGGUCAGGAACUUGAGGCAUGCAUGCUGGUGUUUGUUCUUUCACUAGAGUGUUCUGAGACAUCUGACUCAAAACAUGCCAAUUGUUCUCACUGUCACUGCAAGGAUGCUAUGUGAGCAUCUGGUCUGCAGACAGAACACAGCUACGCUUGUCAAAUAUGUAAAAUGAUUGCUAUGUAGGCUGAAGCAGAUGCCUUCUUUUGAAAAGUGCUUUAGUUUUGAUACAUUUGGGUAACAAAUUAUUUUUGCUUAUUACCCAGCAUCGAGCAUUUUGCCAAGCUGUAUAGCCAGAAGAUUGGAAUCAAAGCUUCAGUACUGCUGAAAACCCUGUGGGGAGAUUAUUUUCUAAAUACAAAAGCUAAGAAGAUCAUGAAAACUGACCAGGUGAGUUCACUGGCGUAUAACUUGCUCUUAAUUUUCUUUUUUCCCUACCAGAAAAGUUACUUGCCAGCAACUGAGUAUGCAGUAUUGCCACUUUCCUGGGAUCUGAACAAUUUUGUUUUUAAUCUUGACCACCCCGGUCAAGCAAAUAUGUAGUAUAUUGCAGCUGCUAUGAUGAUUCUUGAUAUACCUCACCAAUGUACAUUUACAACCUUGGAUCUCUGCCACUUCAUUCUACGGCAUCUGUAGACUAGACCUUAGAUUCUGUUACCAAUGCUUAUAUCUUAUUUAUGCAAACCUAAGAUUCAAUCCGUAGGGACGUGGGUGGUGCUGUGGUCUAAACCACAGAGCCUAGGGCUUACCGAUCAGAAGGUCGGCGGUUCGAAUCCCCACAACAGGGUGAGCUCUCAUUGUUCAAUCUCAGCUCCUUCCCACCUAGCAGUUUGAAAGCACGUCAAGUACAAGUAGAUAAAUAGGUACCGCUCGGGCGGGAAGGUAAACGACGUUUCCAUGCGCUGCUCUGGUUCGCCAGAAGCAGCUUAAUCAUGCUGGCCACAUGACCCAGAAGCUGUCUGCGGACAAACGCCGGCUCCCUUGCCUAUAGAGCGAGAUGAGCGUGCAACCCCAGAGUUGUCUGCAACUGGACCUAACAGUCAGGGGUACCUUUACCUUUACCUUUUUAAGAUUCAAGCCAGUUCACUGAUCACAUAAUCUGUUUGCGGAAGGUGCAAAAUGUGUUCCUUGGAUGAACAAGCCUCCCAUUCGCUGGAACGGUUUGAUGCAAUGCCUUGCACAUGCACUCAGGGCAGUGGCGGGUGUAGUUACCACUGCAAUAGGUGAUUGGAAUGAUCACAGCUGACAAAUGAUUGGACAGAGACGUGGGUGCAAAUCCUUGCAUGCUGCUGUACUUGAGUAUUUUUCAGUUCAGGGAUGAAAGGGCAGAUUGGUAAAUUGCUCUUGUUGCAACUGAACUGUGGUAGAUGAUAGGAUGGAGAAGCAACAUCCAAAAAACAAUUAUUGAUAAUCUGGAAUAUUGCAAGCAUGAUACUGUUAUGGGGGGUGUCUUUUUUUGGCGGCGGGGGGGUAGGCUAUAUGGUUGAGUCCCUCUUCUAAUUCCUGGAUCCAACACAGAUUCCAUUGCUGGAAUACCCAGGCCACCUGGUAACCCCUGCUAAAUAUGGGUUGUUAAAGUAACAAAGGGAGUGGCUUUGAGCCAGAGGACAAAUGUCUGUUAGUUAGAGCUUAUAGUGAAUCCUCAACCUGUGGGUCCACAUGUGGGUGUUACCCCUGUAAUUGUCUGAACUGAACUCCCCUCUGUGUUAUAAAGGGCACCCUAAGUUUGUCUUACCGCUUUCUUCCAGUUGAAAGGAAAGAAGCCUUUGUUUGUGCAUCUGGUGCUGGAAAACAUAUGGAGCCUCUAUGAAGCAGUUACAAACAGGUAAACAAAAAGCAUCCCCGAGUCUCAUUUUCUUGAUGGCAGAGGUGGGGAAUGCCAAUUCAGAAUUUCACUUUUCACAACAGGCAGGGGAUUUGUUGUUUAUGCAAAAUGCCCUUGUUGUUCAACUGCAUUAUCGGGUCAUUUCUAAGUGAAGGAAGGUGAGCUGCCACAUGACAACAGAAACAGGCUGGUUUGCCCAAAGGCCUUCUUUGUGUUUUUUGUUUUUAAGAUGAUCAGAUGCAGUGCUAUAAUUGCAGGGUGUAUGCUUUCUUUGUAGAGACAAGGAGAAAAUUGAUAAAAUCGUCUCCUCCCUGGGAUUGAAAAUUGGUGCCCGUGAAAUGCGCCACACAGAUCCAAAGGUUCAGCUUAAUGCCAUUUGCAGCCAGUGGCUCCCAAUAUCAGAGGCCGUUCUCUGUAUCCUUAUGGAAAUAGCUUUUUUACCAUUUACUAAAAGCUUAUACUGUUUCAUGCACUAGAGUUUAGUCCACCAGUUUGUGUGAGGGAGGUGGGGUUUGGAGAAUUGAAUACAGGCAACGUCCUGUGUUUCUUAUACUGAGUCAAGCUAGCUCAGAAUUGCUUAUGUUGACUGGGUUUCAGACAGGGGACAUUGCCCACCCUACCUGGAGAUGUUGGGGGGUGACUGGGAACCUUCUGUAUGCAAAGCAGAAGCUAUAAGUUACGGCCCUUCCCCUAGUAUUGUCCAUCAGCCCCAGUAGCUUCCUGCCUGCUUUAGUCAUCUCAUAGUCAACUUGCAGUGUGGAGGGAGUUAAGCUUACAGUCAAAAGCAUCCAACCACUGCCAGAGAGACUUGAGUUGCUCUUCUGUUCCUACUUCCUAUGCUUCCUAGUGCCUCCAAGGAUCCAUCCCCUCGAACGCUUUAGAUACGGUUCAUAUUUGCAUCAUCAGACAAGUCUUGGCUUUGGGCAAACCCCUGUCCAAGGUCUGUAUUUUGAUUUUACUGGCUACUAGCCUAUAGUUUCUGCACAGCCUCCUGUCUGUAUCCUCCCUUUUUAACGUGUAUAUCCUUAGCACUGUGCUUUAAGCCAUGGUCUGUAAUAAACUCCCUAGUCCUCUUGAUAUCACAGCUGAGAGAGUGGAAAAACUGUUGUGCGUUGGAGCUAAAACAUUUGAUUCUCUACCGCAAGAAACUCAAGACCUGAAAGAUGGUAAGUAAAUUUUGGCAAAUUGCGGUUUAAGUCCUUUUCAGAUGAGUCUCAUUUUUAAAAAGUCCAUAAACCCUGGUGUCUCCUAAUUGAAAAACUAAAUGUCCUAAAAGAUGUUUUGGUUUUCAAUCUGGGCAGAAUUCAGCUUUCUGCAUCCAUGCUGCAAGUUGGCUCAGAAGCACAGGCUGAAAUCUCAUACAAUUUUCCCUCCUUGAUUCACUCACUAAUUUUUUAUUUAACAAAUAAAAUAUAAAGCCAGAGACUUUCUCAUCAGACCAUGGGAAAACAUGUAACUCUCUCGUUUUAUGUUUGCUUAGCGUUUAUGAAAUGCAGCAGUGAAGAAACUGCCCCAGUCAUUGUCUUUGUUUCCAAAAUGUUUGCAGUGGAUGCUAAGACAUUGCCACAGAACAAGCCAAGGUGAGAAAAUGAUGCCAUUUGAACUCCUCCUGCUCAAUGGCAUUAGACGCUAAUUCACAGUAUACAAGUCUAGAUUGCUUCUGAUCUGCGCCUGGUAAAAUUAUUUGCCCAUAUCUGAAACUAAAUCAGCUGUUCUCAAGAAAGCAUUGGUAAAUGCAGACUUGUUCAAUGUUUUAUUUGUGGUUUAAAGAAUAAAUGCUUUGUCAAAGAGUUAACAGUUAUGGUCAACAUACAGACAUUGUAUGAAAGUGAAUUACAAACUUAAAUUGGUAUCUCUAUAUCUUGCUCAAAUGAUACAAGUUAAUUUUAAUUUUGUUUUCGUUUUAUGUGGAGAAGCUAUGGAUUCUUCCUGGUGCUUUUGUAAGCUUUUUGACCACUUUCUGUUUCCAUGUAAACUUCAGAAGUUGUUCCUCUCUUUUACUCCUUCACCUUCAUACCUCUCCUAGAUAGAAAGCAAUGAUUGCAAUAAAACAUCCUGCAUGCAAGUAAAUAAAGAAUUUCCUUGUGCAAUCAUUAAAUAGUAUGUGAAUGCAGGAUUUUCCAGUGUAAUUGUUGCUUUCUGCACAGGAGGAGCCUCUUGAACUCAGUUGGGUAAAUAAGUGAUGACAGUGGAAAAACUGCAAAGGAAGGAGGGAUGGGAGGGAGGCUUUGUACCUGCAGUAAAAAGGCCACAACUUGAUGUCUCUGCAUGCCUCAUCUUCCAAACACGGCUUGCUGUAAACAUUGGUUAGAUAAGCUUGGACCGUUCCAUCAGCGUCACUCCAGAUUGCUACUUGUGCCAUUGGGGCUCUGAAAGUGACUGAACUGUAUCCAGUUAGAUGGGGUGCCGUGGUCAGAGUCAGUAUUAGAAACUCCUAUGGGCUUGAGUAUUAUUAUUAUUUUGCACCCUAAUUUAAGAGACACAAUAAUUUUUGGCUUGACGCAGCACUGGCUAUUUAGACCACUAGAUGGUGGUAUUCAGCUGUCUGUAAGUGGACUUCAAUGUAUUUUUAUAGCAACAGGCGUAGAUUUUGCUUCUACUUCUGCAAAUCGGCAGCAGGAGUUUAUGAAUAAGAGUGAAAUUAGGUUGAGUCAGGUGCUUCUUCCUGGGUUCAUGAUCAUGAGGUAGCAAGCAGUGGGGGUGGAUUGCAGCACUAAAAAGUAUUUUAAAUGCCUUGAUAGUUCUAUGUUUAUGUAGUUUUAAUUCUUUCUGUGGAAGAUGAAGUGUUGUCGAGACACAGGAUCAUUUCAUGUGUAUGUUUGAAUGUACUGUCUCUCUGUGUGUGUUCAAAUAUUUUCAACCCAACGCCUGCUGAAAUAAAAGUUCUUUGCAGCAGAUACAGAUAAUUGACAGAGAUGGACUCCUCAUAUUAUUAAAGUGCUUUGUUCCAAAGGCUUGGGAGCCACUGGAGUAAAUACCCUGUUUCUUGUUGUCACCCUUCUAAAAUGCCACAGUGAAGGCAUAUGGCACAAAACUUGAUUGCAACUGGUAUGUGAGCCUGGAUAGCUCAGUUGGUUAGAGCGUGAUGCUGAUAACACCAAGCUUGCAGUUUUGAUCCCCGUAUGGGACGAAUGCAUAUUCCUGCAUUGCAGGGGGUUGGACUAGAUGAUCCUCAGGGUCCCUUUCAAUUCUACAAUUCUAUUAUUCUUUUUUUAAUUGGGUUUUUUAUGUUAAAAAGCAAAUGGAUAAAUGCAUCUAUUGUCUCCACUUUCAGUUCAUAGUCUUUUUCACAGUUGGUUUACGUUUGGUGAGAGACAUUUUUGCCAUAGACAUCUUGCAGUUGGGGCAAAGGGGAGAGGGGAGAGGGAUGGGGAUAUUAUUCUUUCAUUCUGUUGUCUAUUCUUAGUGUGGGUGAGUUGUGUCUGCAUUACAUGGGUAGGUCUUUUAUUUGUUUAUUUAAUUAUUUUUAUUGAUAUUGCGAGAGGUUAGGGGUUCCCAAGCUUGGUUGGUUGUGUUUAGUUGAUUGUGGUGUGGUGUAUUUGUGUGAGGGAGGCGGGCUAGGUUGUUGGGUCAGGUUAGCUAUAUUGAUUUGUAUGUUCUUAAAGGGGACAGGUCAUUGUCCUGUGUAUGUAAUAAAGGGGAACCACACUGAGGUGAAGGCAUCCUCCGUAGCUUGUCCUCGUGCUGGUUUGAGUUUGCUGAUUAACUUUUCUAGUAUGGCGGUUUCCCAUACAUUUUGGUACCUGUGGUCUGUGUUCAUUCCUGAUAGGUCCUUCCAGUGUCUAGUUAUGAUAUUUCUAGCUGCCGAAAGUAAGUGACUUAUGAGUUCCUUGUAGUGUGUGUUGUUGUCCUGGAAGAUAUUUAAUAGGGCGAGUUAUGGAGUUGCUUCUGUUACCUGUUUUGUUAUUUUGGGAAUGUCGUGCAGCACUAAUAUCCAGAAGGAUUCGACUUUGGGGCAUUCCCACCAAAUGUGGCGGUAUGUGCCUAUUGCAAUGCGACCUCUCCAGCAUUUUACAAUUCUAUGAUUCUAUGUGGACAGAGAAUAUAGAGAGGUAGCUGGUAUGCAUAUCUCAAGUUAUGACUUGGUGAGCUUUCAUUGGUGUUAAGCUAAGAAUCCCAUAUUCACUCACAUCAUACAUUCUGGAAGAUUCCUUCCUUCACUUUCAGGCCCAAACUAAUGUGCCUGGCACCUGGAAGAUUCACUAGGUAGAUCACUUUAGUAGAUAGCCAUGACAAGUGUCACUUGGCAUCUUGAAGCAGGGGUUGGUAGCCUGUGGACCUCCGGAUAUUGUUCGACUCCAGCUUCCAUCAGCCCAAGCCAGCAUGGUCAGAGUGAUGGGAGUUGUAGUCCUAUGGCAUCCAGAGGGCCACAGAUUAGCCACCCUUGACUUAAGUGGGAUUUACAUCCUUAAAUGUGGGGGGCUUUUCACAGAUGUUUCUUACAGAGAGUAGCUGGAGUGUUACAUCCUGUGAACUGUUAACAAUCCAGGUAGUAAAAAGAAAGUUUUUAGAAGUAUGCUUCAUAUGGUAUUUUUAGUCUUAGAUUAUAUGUAUACUGUGAUUCUUUUUCCUUUUUUUGCACUGUGUAUCAAGUCACAUUUUUUAAACCAGCUACAGCUGCCUAAAUUGGUUUUAUUUUAAUAACAGCUUGAUUCCCCCCCACACACCUCCAAGUCCCCUCCUCCAAUCUGCUUAAUUUCAUUGGGUGAUUAAGCAUGUGUCUAAUUCUCUCAUCAGUUGAAAUUAGUGGGAUUCCAAGUGCUUACCUUUGGCAGGAUCAUGCUCAUAGUUGGCACUAAAUGGUCUUUUAAUGAUCAGGGGGUCAUUGUUCUUGGCCGUCUUUAAAAGUUAUCUGCUUGCUAAGACAUGGAUGCAGGAGGCAGAGGCGCUCUGAGUUGGCUUUGUCUGGCAGUAGUCUAUACUGCAUAGAUAACUUCUUCCUGCAACUCCAAAGAGCUUGGGCAAUUCAGAUGCUCUCUUUCCCCCCUUUUAUACCAGGAACUUCUCAGCAUGGCAUUGCCGCACCCUCUUUGAAUGCCUCCUCAGUGAAGCUUUUGGCUUAACCCUUUAGCCUUCCACCUCUGAAUUGCAUUUCUGCGUACCUGUCCUCUGGUGCCCUUUGUAUUUCCCUCCCCUUCCACUCACCCCCCCCCCCCGUCUUCCUUACUGUCUAAAAUAAGAUCAUAAGCUUUUUGUUGUUAGGACCUGCUUUUUUUAAGAGCAGGCAGCUGGAUCAACUAAAGGUCCAUCUGGCCCAGACUCCAUCUUCCCUGCAGCAGCCGACCAUAUGCCCUGUGGAAGCUCACAAGCAGGGCAUGAAAGCAAUAAGCCCUCUCCUAUUACUGUUGCUCUUUGGAGACAGUGGCGCACUACCUCUCAACAGUGAGAGUGCUUAAGAAUCAUAGAAUCAUAGAGUUGGAAGGGACCCCGAGGGUCUCUAGUCAAUGGCAGAUGGCCUUCCAAACUGUGCUUUAAAAUCUCUCAUGUCGUGGAUGCUUUAGUUGAGAUUCCUGCAUCGCAGGGGGUAGUUCGUACUGUCCCGAGUGCAAUAGGUCUAUAGUCUUCGUGGAUGGUGGUAGUGUCUGUCUGUCUGACUGUCCCUCCCCCCACCCCUCUAUUACACUUUUGGCACUCAAUGCCCAUCACUCCUGCCUGGUUUGAAGAAGGGAAAGUCAAGAGACGGCUCCUAAAACGGUCCUUUGCUCUAGCAGAGACAAAUAGAUGAGCUUCUUGACAGGCGCUGCUGGAAAUGGUUUUUAUAGUUCUCUGCUCUUUUCUUUGUGGUGUUUUAUGGCUGGCUUUAUUGUGACACAAAAAGCAAUCUCGUAAGCCACUCGAGGAGGUUUGGCUGGAGAGCUGGGUACAAAUCCUAAAAACAAGUAAAUAGAAUUAUUCUGAAGAUUUCACAACAGGUUCCCCCCCCCUUUCUCUCCUUCAUCUGCCUAAAUCCCACUUCUUCAAGCAGAACUUGCCACGAAAUUGUUGCUUUCCUAUUCAUUUCUGCAUGUUCUUGCUUCCUUUUGUUUUUCAGCUAGCAGCUUAUUUACAUGUCUUCAACUCAAAGGCUUGUGUGUGCGUUUCAUCCCUUAACUUGCUUGUUUUUACAAUCUCCUAUUCCCCGAAGGAUGUUUUUUAAAGUGAUCUGCAUCAAGUAACAACUUUCCAAAUUGUGUCAUCAAAUGAAUGUAAUUUUUUUUAUAGCUCCCAAAGAUCUCUGUGCGAUCUUCUGAAUAAAUACCGACAUGAAUUUGCAUCAAAGGGCUCUGUGCGUUGUAGUGCAGCCGAGUCCCUUGGCUGUGAAUUGUACUUCAGUGGUGGUUUAAGUUGACCCUGAGCAGCUCCAUCUAUUAUGGGGCAAGGACAAUGUUCAGCAGCACAUCCUGUCAGAACUGCAGGGCAGUAUUUGUGGAUAGCACCUACUUAUGAAAUUAACAAAGUAAAGUGGGGUCUCUGAAGAGGAAGGGAACCAUUUAUUGCGGCUGCUUUGAAGUGCAGCUUUUGUUUGCAGGGAAGAUAAAUCUACACAUGGAUCCAACCAACACACGUGGAAUCAAUUUUAAACCGGAGUCAGUCUUUGAAUAGUCCAGUGGCUACUAAACAAUUGAAAAGGAAGUGUCCCUGAGCCACUUUUAAUUUUUACCCUUAUAUAAGUAAAAGCUAUUUUCUUCACAGGCUAAUCGUAGUUGAAACUGAAGCAUGCCCUUUCUUUUUUUUUAAAUUCAGAAUUCCAAUAAGUUAUUAUAAAGCAAUUAAACUAAUGACUGAUGCUGUAUAACAGCUCGUCAUUGGCAUGAUAUCCAGGUAGUUGAUUUUUAGCCUCCUACUGCAUAAAUUUCCUGCCAGCAGCUGGACAGAAUAUCUGACUUGCAUUUUUAAAAAUUACUCAUCCUUUAACGUGUGGCAAAUGGAAAGGCUAUUUCCUUUUUUCUGCUGCACUAGAGAAACCCCAACAGCAGCCAGGAAAACUUCCAUGAUGAUGUCACUAUGCUAAGGAUAUAAGAUAUAAUCCCAACUGGGUGGUGGUGAAGCUCACCAUACUCCUCCAGUUGAUGCCAUACUCCUCCAGUUGAGGAUGUGAUGAAUUUGUUGAAAUGCCACCAGCAUAAGCCGAGGCAAUUGUCUUCCUUGAUUGCUCCAAUUUAUAUUGUUUUACAAGACUGUCAGGAUACUUUCUGAACUGUUCUUGAGAAACUGCAAAGGUGGCAUCUGCUGUCCAGAAAAGCUUUUCCAAAAAAAAAAUAAUGUUCUUUCAAAUGAUACAUAGGCCUCUGUCACAAGACGAAAUAGCCCAAAGACGUGAUCUUGUAAGGCGACGGCAUGCUGAGAAGUUAGCAGCAAAUCAGGGGCAGGAGUUGGCACAAGAGACGAAUGGAGGAAAUACAGUGGACCAAGUUCUAAAGACAGGUGAGAUGAAACACAUGCCAGGGAAGAAGAUUCGGUGGAUGUGUUUGAUUCAUGAUAGGUGAUGAAAUGCUCUUGCUUUUGUCAUUCUAAAUAAAGCGUGGCAGAUCAGCCUAUGGGCGAGAUCAGUCCACCAAACCUUUGCCUCUAGCCUUCCCAGCCUGAUUUGGGGUGAAGAGUACAGAACACCCAUGGGUUUUCAUCCCAGUAGUGGCACUGGGCUGGGUAGAGAAGAUCCAUAUCACUCCUGACCCCUGCUCACUAGAUGAUUGAACAGAGGAAAGGCAUUUGGAUUCAAAUAUGGUGCCAUUUUUAUCCAGUUGAUUGGAUAUUGGCAUAAGUUUGGUUUGUUGCAUUAAUGGCUGCAUGUUACUGUAAGCAGUCUUGAGUGCAAGAUGAAGCAGAAUAGAAAUAGAAAAAUGAAUGUUUGCACCUCAACCCUUCCUUAGGCGAUGAUCAACCACCUACAAGUCAAAUGGAGACGAUGACCCUGGCUGCUGCAAAACGGGAAGCCGAAAAUAAGGACGCCUUUGUGGCUUUUGCAAGGGUGUUCAGUGGAGUUGUGAGAAGGGGACAAAAGCUCUUCGUUCUUGGACCAAAAUAUGAUCCAGCUGAGUCGUUGCACAAGGUAGGCCCCUUUUCCUUAUCUCACAAAGUGUGCUUUUGAAAAGUUCAAUCUCCUACCCCACCCAGAAAUGGACAACUUUUGGCACUUGGGGAGGUGGGUUGGUGGAUGGAAACAGAUCUGGCCCUGUGCCUUCAGCUGCUGAUCACACUUAAGGUUUUUUGCACGCAUGGCAUCCCAACUUCUGUCUCAUUUGGCUCUUGUUUGGAGCAAACAUGAACCUUACCAGCCACACUCUCCUUUUGUCUUGGGCAUUAGCAGGAAAGUUUCCUAUAAUUUAGCUUGGCAUUGCCUGUUUGGGGAAAUAAUAAUAAUUGGGGGAUUUGUGGUAUUCCAUUUUCUAUACUUCUGAGAACCUUGUAAUCAAGCUUUCUCUUGCAGCUUAGAAUGUAAAGGAAGAAAGUGUUCUUGUUUAUUCUUAAUGUUGCCUUUUUGUUUUUUUCAGAAAAAUGUGUCGAGAACUUUUUUUCUAGAACAGUAUCCAUUACUGAGUGGCUCUAUUUUCUCUCCUUCCCCAUGUUUAUUUCCUUGUUUAUGUGGGAUUUGUAUACACUUAAUAGUAAAAACCUCCAAGUGGUGUACAUAUAAUAAAAUACACAUAAGAAUUAUUGCUGAAAUUCAGAGUUGGAAGACGAGUCGGCCCUAGCUAAUCAAGAUAUAAAUCAAAUCAGCAGUUAAAGAACGUACAUUAUAAAAUUAAAUUACAUACAUUUCAAUUUGGCUACAGCUUCCUGUAGGAUGUUCUGCUGCUGAUAACCUGCCUUCAGUGCCUCAUUUGAGUUGCUGCACUUUAGAAGAUCUCUACCUAUUGAUGGGGAGAGGACUUGAGGAACUACACGAGGUGCCUUCAGGGAACGUGCUGGGUGAGCAUACUUUUAAUUGUUUUCAUUUUGUCCUCCAGUGCUAUCAUAUAUAAAAGAUGCAUUUCUUGAAACGUGCUUGCCAUUGUGCCAGUGAUGGGCAACAUCCUUAUUUCUGAAGGCUGCAUUUGAAAAUACAUUUAUUUAUUAAAUUCCUGUACACACACACCCUUUAGGGAUGCGGGUGGCUCUGUGGUCUAAACCACAGAGCCUUGGGCUUGCCGAUCAGAAGAUCGGCAGUUCGAAUCCCCGCAACCGGGUGAGCUCCCAUUGUUCAGUCCCAGCUUCUGCCCACCUAGCAGUUCGAAAGCACAUCAAGUGCAAGUAGAUAAAUAGGUACCGCUCCAGCGGGAAGGUAAACGGUGUUUCUGUGUGCUGCUCUGGUGCGCCAGAAGCGGCUUAGUCAUGCUGGCCACAUGGCCCGGAAGCUGUACGCCGGCUCCCUCAGCCAAUAAAGCGAGAUGAGCGCCGCAACCCCAGAGUCGUCCAUGACUGGACCUAAUGGUCAGGGGUCCCUUUACCUUUAAACCCCCCCCCCCUUUGGCCAGAACAGCUCCCCAUAGUUGUCAGGGAAGAGUUAGAAGUUUCCAGUUUCUCAGAGGGAGAAAGCAUUCCCCAAGGGGGGAGGGAGAGCAGUGAAUCUAAUAGAAGGGAGCAAGAGGAACAACAGGGAGGGACUGGCUGUUCCCAGGAAAGGCAAGGGUUAAGUUCUAGCUCAGAUUCGGAGGAGGGGAGAUACAGGCCAGCUCUAGCCAGGAGGUUAGAAAAAAGAGCGGGAAAGCGAAGGGAAGGGCGUCUUCACCAUUUUGAGGGUGGCUGGUCAUGGAGAAGCAGAGCUCAGAAGGUAUCUGAAAUAAGUGACUCUGAGGAAUAAUAGUUAAGAACCGUUUAUAAGAUUGUUUUGUUAAUACACAAUAAAAAGUUUUAUAAAGGAACAAGAAGCGUUUGUGUGGUGAUCUGAAGAGGACAACGACCAGUCCUGACAAUAGUAUAGUUUACAGGGACUCUAAAAUAAUAAAAUACAUCUAGUUAAAAGACAGCAUAAAGGAAAUGACAAUAUGAAGUAAGAACCAGCAGUUUGAUGCCAAUAUUAGCAAAGGACACCGGUAAUCUGGAAUAGAAUGAGAAGAGACUCCAUCGGUCAUCAGAUCGUAUGAUGCUGCCUUUCUUGCCCCUGUCAUGAUCACACCGUUAGAUCAUCCAGCCCAGCUUUCUCCAAGUUGCUGCCCUCCAGAUACUUAAGCUCUCAUCAUCCUUGACGGUUAGUCAUGUUGGUGUCCAACAACAUAUUCUUGGGUAACACUUAUUCUGUUUCACCGACUGCCAUCAGUUAUUGGAUGUGGGAUCUUUGCCUUGCAAAUCUUGUGCUUUACCACUGAGCAAGGCAUGCAGAAAACCCCAUGUUCAGCACCUGUCCAUUUAAAAGGAUCUUUAGCAGCUGGGCUGGGACUCUAGAGGAGAACCAAUGCUAGCCAGAAAUGACAGUGCUGAACUAGAUGGACCAGUUUUUUGGCUCCAUAUAAGGCAACUUUGUAUGGCGGUUCUCCUUAGACUAAGCAAGAAUACACCCAGACCUAUUCUUCUGAACCUUUGAACUCAGAAAAGUGGAUAGGAAUGAUUUUCUAUCAUUCGUAUGUAUAAAGAGGGAAUAAUAGUUUUGUCUUGGUAACUUUGUCAAUUGCUCAUCUAUUUGACUCUUCAGUAUCCUGUGAUGUGUGUGUUUUCAUUUUUGCACCGUGAACAACACCCAGUGUCUGAGAAGUUCAGUAUAGUCAUUAACCACAGAGGAAUUGGAGAGUUUUCUAAAUUUGGUUAGAUUUUAGCACAUGCACUGGUGGUGACAUUCAAGUAGAUAUCAGUUCUUAACAUAUUUAAAAUAUGCUGUGUUUUUUGUGACCAACAUUAAUAUUACAUAUUUCCAGAAAUAGAUAUUUAUCUCCUAAAAGAUGUGGGAAACUAAAUUUCCCCUCCAAAUCUUUGUUUACCAUGGAAACUUAAAAUCCCUUCCAGAUGUCUUUCCCUAACUCAUUUGAUUUUAAAAUGCUGCCUCAGAAGCCAUGUGAUAUUCAUUUCUUUUCAUCAACAUUGGUAAAAUGACGAAUAUCAGCAGAGCUCUGCUUUAUCAAAACUGGUUUUGAUUAAGCAUUUUGGGAUAACUUUUCUUGCCUUUUUAAAUAAAUUUCCUGUGUCCUGAUUUCUUGUAUGUUUAGUUUCCAUGAUGGCUUAGAUCUGUAACUUAGUUUUGUAAAACCUGAUAAAUGACAGAUUCUUCAUACUUGAUUCUCCAAAAUGCCAAGUUUUUAAAGGCUGAGCCUUAAUUUUACAUUGCAUGCCUGCACAUGUUUACCUUGCCGUACUGAAUGCAAUUGGACUUGCUCCCAGUGAGUGUGUGUAGGACUGCAGGUUUAGUUGCUUUAAAAGAGGUUGCUAGCACCACACCAUGGAAGCUCUCAAAAAUAUACAUCAUCCAAAUAUGAACAUCACUGGCUUAGGUGUAAUUAACCCCCAAUUUAUCUUACGGUUGGUAUGAUUUUUAUUGAGAGCUUUGUUGUAAGAUGAAUUUGAUUCACAUACACACACACACACACACACACUAGAAGGUUGCUUAGGGGCCUAUGGUACUUGAAGCAUGUAUCUGUUCUGAGUCCUGUUGUGAUCAAUGUCUGAAAUUGUUCAACCAGCACAGUGAGGAAGAAACUACUGUACCACUUCAUAUUGCAGGUGGGAAAUCACAUUUUUUGAAUGCUUCCCUAUGUAAAAAGCAUCAGGGAGAAGAGGGUGGGUUAAAUUUUGUGUGUUUUGCAAAGGGGAGAGGAGGUAUUUUUAAAAUGGUAUCUCCUAUCUGCAGUUGUCAGUGUUAUAGUUCAAAAUUCUAACAUCUCAAUCUUCCACAUCUCUAGACUAGACUUGAAAGGUGCCCGUUUCAGCUACAAAAACGCAGUGUUUUUCAUUGGAUAGGAAGAGUUUUUAAAAAUACACUCCUGCAAAAUAUCAUACCUACAGCUAACACUUCAUUCAGUAAUGCCCCUGACAAAUGUAAUUUUUAUACAUCAGCUAGCAUUUUAAAUAUCGGUAAAUAAUUUUCAGUAAUUGUCAGGAGAUUUUAUUCUCCAUCUUUUGGUAAAUUUGCCACAAGCUUCAAGUAAAGCAGAAGUUGCUCGGGUGGUAAGAGGCAGGGGACCCUAUUUGUACUAAGCUGAGAUUCUUUGAAAGCAAAACUAAACUCAGCAGGCUUCUUCUUGGGCAGGCAGCGGAGGGCAGCAUGCGAACCCAGUGUUUUGCAUGGUCUUGUGAGCUAAGCCAUGCUUUAGUAUUGUGCACAAACAUGACCAGAGAGGUGAAGAAAACAUUUAAAUGUGGUUGUGUAGAAGCAAUUCCUAGGGCUGGCUCUUUUGUGCAAAAAUUGUGGUUGAUUUGUGCAAAAAUUUGCAGCAGCCACAGUUGUGGAUGGGCUAAUUCACACAUCACAAUCCCCACCUAAGUGCAAAAGUAACUGUAGAUGGCUUUGGGCGCCACACCUGAUGCUUGUCUUUUUAAAUUUUGUGAACCAGCUCCAAGGCUCUGUGGUUUGAUAGGUUCAGCUUUUAACACAAUUUAAUGCCUUAAAAAAAGAAACAAAGAAAGAAACUAGGCCAUUGGAACAAACAAAUGCCAUGCAGUUGGCAAUUUGGUUCAGGGAGAGAUGCCAAACAUCUUUGCCGGAGGUGCAUGUGUAUAUUAAAUAGUCUUCUAAAUGUAAACCAUCUGUAAGUGGUGAAUUUUUUCCCCCAAGAGGAAUUAAAAGCCAACCAAUGAACUUUGGGAAGCUUACUGCUGAUCUGGUAUCAGAUUUUGAAUAGAAACAUUUGUUUUUCAUUGUGUUUUAAUAUUAUUUGGGUUUUGUAUUCUAUGGGUUAUAAGGGAUCCAAAGCAGUUUCGAAUUUUAAUUUCUUUCUCAUAAGGUAUGUUGUAACCUUUGAGUCGUGUUUUUGUAUAGAAAGCCUGCAUCCCCUUCCUUCGUCUGCCAAACGAUAUUCUCUUUUUCUUAUACACAGAUUUCACAGUCAACCGUAUACAGCAUCUUUUGCCAACCUGGUGCCCUUCAGAUUUGGUCAAUUACAGCUCCCGUUAGUCCCAGCCAGCAGUGCAGCGAUGAUGUCUAGGGCUGAUGAGAAUUCAGUACACAGAAUCUGUAGGGCCCCAGGUUGUUGGCAAGGGCUGCAGUAGGGUGUAACAACCUUGGGAACUGACUUUAUCUAUUUAAAACCCAAAAUGCUAGACUUUAUACUCAUGGAAAAAAAGCUUGAAAAUGUGCAGAUGCCUGUUGAAGUGUUCCUUAGAGCUUCCAUUAAUGAGGGAUGGCUCCAUAUAUAUUCAUUUUUCACAUACAUAUCUGCCUUGUACAGCUCUGCUACCCCUGCCCUGCCGCAUCCCUGCUCCAUUACUUGCCUCCUCCUUUGCCCUUUCCCACCAACCAUUGCCAAAACACUAAUGUCCUCGAACUUUUUCCUCCCAAUGUUGCAAUUGGAAUAAAUCAUACCGUUUUAGCAUCAUCCAGCAAAAAUUGGCACGAUGCUUUCAUCAAGAUAUGGCAUAGGGAUGAUGGAAUGUUUUUGGAACACAAAACUAUUGCGGUGAUUUGGCCAAAAAUGUCUGCCUCCUUUAUCAGGGUCUAUCUUGUCACAUUCUCUGUAAAGUGCAAAAUUGUAAAUUUUGCUCCAUAUCAGUGGGAAACUGUGUCGUCGUGAUUUGCAGCAUAUUCUGGUUACACUCUUUUUAGAGAUCUGCCACUCUUGGAGAAAUUUUAUAUUUUAAAAACCGUUUUACGGGUCAGAACGUUGUUGAUGUGCUUUGAUGUGGGUUAUUGCCAAAGAGAGUCUUAUCUCUGAAACUAGUGGGGCUCUAUCUGGUACAUAUUUUUGGGUUAUUUAUGAUAGAAAAGUCUAUAUUUCCAGGAGUAGAAACAACUCCCGGUCAUUUACAUAAAGGGAUGCAUAGAUAACGAGUUUGGGUGUGCUUCUCGACUCAACCCUGACCAUAGAUGCCCAGGUUUCUGCAGUGGCCAGAAUUGCAUUUGCACAGUUGAAGCUAGUGCACCAGCUACACCUGUUCCUUGAGAUUUCUGAUUUGACCACAGGGACACAUGCCUUAGUUGCACCCCAGUUGAACUACUGCCAUACGCUCUAUGUGGGGAUGGCUUUGAAAGGUGCUCAGAAACUUCAACUGGCUCAAGGAGCUGCAGCCAGAUUGUUGGCUGGGGCUGGUUAUGGGGAGCAUAUGACUCCCUUGCUGCAACAACUCCAAUGGCUACUACUCUGUUUCCGCGCACAAUUGAAAGUGCUGGUUAUGACCUAGGAAGCCCUGCGUGGCUUAGGUCCAAGCUAUCCGAGAGACCUUUUUAAAAAUGUAUUUACAGUGGUACCUCGGGUUACAGAUGCUUCAUGUUACAGACGCUUCAGGUUACAGACUCCGCUAACCCAGAAAUAGUACCUCGGGUUAAGAACUUUGCUUCAGGAUGAGAACAGAAAUCAUGCUCUGGCGGCGCGGCGGCAGCAGGAGGCCCCAUUAGCUAAAGUGGUACCUCAGGUUAAUAACAGUUUCAGGUUAAGAACGGACCUCCAGAACGAAUUAAGUUCUUAACGCGAGGUACCACUGUACUUUGUAUACCGCCCUUCAUCCUACGAUCCCAGGGCAGUUCACAACAGAUUCCUUCAUAUGAACCUGCCCUGGUUGUGAGAUCUUCAGGGGAAAGCCCUUCUCUCUGUCCCACCACCCUCACAGGAAAGGGCCUUCUCGGUGGCUGCUCCCAGGCUCUGGAACUCCCUCCCUAGAGAAGCUAGACUGGCUCCCUCCUUGCUGUCCCUCCUCCAGCAGGUGAAUACCUUCUUGUUCCAGCUGGCUUUUGGGAACCAACUGCUUUUAAUGAAAGGGCUUGUGCUGGGCUGUUUCGUAUUGUAAUUAUUUGUAUGUUUUAAACAGAUUUUAUAUAUGUAUGUACAGUGGUACCUCGGUUACUGAACGAAAUCCGUUCCGGAAGCCCGUUCAGCUUCUGAAACGUUAGAAAACCGAGGCGCGGCUUCCUAUUGGUUGCAAAAGUUUAUUGCACUCAGCAGAAGCUGCGUCACAUUCGGGUUCUGAAAAAGGUUCAAAAAUGGAAGCAUUUACUUCUGGGUUUCAGAGUUCAAGAACCAAAACAUACGACAAUGGAGGCGUUCGGGAACUGAGGUUCCACUGUACAGUCAUACCUCGGAAGUCAAACAGAAUCCAUUCCGGAAGGCUGUUCGACUUCCGAAACGUUCAGAAACCAAGGUGCGACUUGCGAUUGGCUGCAGGAAGUUCCUGCAGCCAAUCGGAAGCCGCUCCGGACGUUCGGGUUCCAAAGAAUGUUCGCAAACUGGAACACUCACGUUUGACUCGCAAGGCAUUCGUCAACCAAGGUACGACUGUAUAUAGUUUUAAUUCUCUUGGUGUUUAAUUGUUUUUAACUGCUGUUUUUCCAAUGUGUUUCACAGUGAUUGUUUUUAUCUGUGAGCUGCCUUGAGUCCUAUCAUGGGAAAAGGUGGGGUAUAAAUUAAUAUAUACCAAUAAUAACUGAACCAAUGAGUAAAUUGGUUAAUCCUAGUAUCCGGUAUAGUACAUGGCAGCCACUCUUGGGUUGCAUGCUUCUCUUGCAAACGUGAGUGUUUUCCUUCACACUUCUCCAUCUGGGGGCUGCCCUGUGUUAUCCAAUGCCCAGAUAUGUUCCCUGUCCUUCGACCUCCUGUGUGUAUUGGGGGGGGGCACCUCCUUCAAGAUAUUCUCCUUUUAAAAUCCCACCAGGUGGAGGGGAGGAGAAUCUGAUCUCCGAAACGUCUAACGGUUUAGAAGGAAUUCUCACUACGACUACAUUUUCAUACUAAGCCUAUUAAAAUAUCUAGACAUUUCCAUACAGCCUUUCUCAAAAACAAAUUUAAGCUUGUGCAGACGUGUGGAAUCUGAAACGCUGAUAGGCAACCCAGAUAUCAGACCAGCAGAGUGUUCACUGACAAUGUAUAGCUUGCUUGUAGCUUAAAAUGUCUAAACUUCUUUUGUAGAGUUAAGCAAAGGGGUGUGCUGGUACCCAAUAAAAGCACAUUGCAGUAAAUCAUUUAGAACAGUUAUCCACAUUAAUUGGAGCUGGAUCCUACAAGCUACUGCAAAAAAAAGUAGGAUAAUAAAUAGCCUGUUCUUUGAUUUACAUUUUUUUAUCCACAUUUUUCCAAGGAGUUCGGGGUGGUGUGUGGGAUUUCUCCCUCCUAAUUUUAUCCUCACAACAACCUUGUGAAGUAAGUUAUGUUGGGAGGGGCCAGUAGACCAGGGUAUUCCAAUGAGCUUCACCACUGGGUCAAAGUGAGUGGGGAUACUCUCUCCUCUCUUACUGCCGCCCUUCUUUCCAUUCAUUCUCUCUCUCUCAUGCACACCACCUAUCUAUUCCUACAAAUGCGAAAGGUGCUAACUGAGCCACACUGUAUUUAACAGGCCAAAGAUGACCCAGCCACUUAAGCAUGGCUUAUUAAGCACAAACAAAUUAUACUCGUAAACCAUGGUUUGCUGUAGAUUUAUAAACCUUGUUUUACAUUACACCAUGGCUUAGUGUUAUGUGUGAACCUGACCCUUAACUCCAUCUCUUCAUUAUUACAAAUGCAGUCAUACCUCGGGUUGCAGAAGCUUCAGGUUGCAUUUUUUCGGGUUACAGACUGCCAAAACCCGGAAGUACCGGAAUGGGUUACUUCCAGCUUUCGGCGGUCGCGCAUGUACAGAAGCGCCAAAUUGCAACCCGCGGGUGCGCAGACGCGCCGCUGCAGGUUGCGAACAUGCAUCCCGCACGGAUCACGUUCGCAGCCCGAGCAUCCACUGUAUGGUAUAUGUUAUUCACAGGGACUUUGCUGUAUGUGCCCUCUAAAACCUUUGAGAAUGAGGCAUUAACCAGAGAUAAUACUUCCUGCAUCAAAAGGGAAAGAGGGGGGAAAGCCUGUAGGCCAGGCACAGGCAAACUCGGCCCUCUAGAUGUUUUGGGACUACAACUCCCAUGAUCCCUAGCUAACAGGAGCAGUGGUCAGCAGUGAUGGGAAUUGUAGUCCCAAAACACCUGGAGGGCCGAGUUUGCCUGUGCCUGCUGUAGGCAGUCUUUAUAUCUUAACCACAGCUAAGCUUAAGAGCAACCCAGCCAGAUGGGUAGGGUAUAAAUGUUUGUUUGUAGCUACCUUAGGUCUGCACCUACCUUAGAAGGAAUUAGGAACUGUCUUCACCUGCACAAUGUUUUUCUUUCAGAAUGUGAACAUUGUAUUUCAAGCAGAGCCCCUGUUGCAAAACUUUAGGAGCAGGGCUCCAAAAUGCCAGAUGUUCUCUAUAGAAAUGGGGAAAGUCGGGGGGGGGGCAGGGGAAGUUAUUUGAUAUGAGAAAUGAUUUCUCAUCCUGCAAGGCAGAAAGAAGUAUGAGAGAAGUAGAGAAAGGACAUGUUUCGCAACAAUUGUUUUGAUACCUUCAUGGUUGAGAAUCGGAAGAACUCAUAAUUCGUCCUCUUUGUCAGAACAAAAAUAAAAUAAAAUAAAUUGGGCUUGUAAGCUGAGCGGUUGAGCAAGGCCAUGCCUGCAAAUUGGGAGAAAAACAGGAAGCUUCUGUGUGCAUCUACUUGUUGAAAGCAUUUUGGCCUGGUACAUCUAUUUUUCUUAAAUCCAAAUGUCAAAAAUAUCAUCUUCUACAUUAAAACAUUUUCUGCAUACAACAUUAAUUUUAACGUCAAAGGGAAGCUUGGAGCUCAUUUAGUUCCCAGCAUAGAACCACUGGCUUCUGUAGAUAAAAGGCUAGAAACUUGCUUUUUAAUUAUUUUUAACAUCUCGAAGUUUUGAGAUUCUCAGGAAGCUGAAUUCUGUGCCUGCUGCUGCAUUUAUUUUGCUUUUUCAGCAUUCCUGCAGAAUUGCACCCUAUUUUGUUUAUUAAAUUUGUACCCCAAUUUUCCUCCAAGGUGCUCAGAGUGAUAAGCACCCUCACAAGAACACUGUCAGGCAGUUAGAUUGUGAGACAGUUCAUGACCCAUGGUUACCCAAUGAGUUGCAUGGCAGAACAGAAAUUUGAACACAGGCCUCCCCAGUACUAGAACUGCACUCUAACCAUUAUGCAGCGAUGCCUAAAGUCACACCGGAUCAGACCACUUUGUCCACAGACGGACAGUUGUUUUCAAAGGACUCAAGACAGAAGUCUUGUGGUGUUUCUAACCUGGAUUAAACCUGGGAUCUUCCAGGUACCACCUAUAUGUUGUACCCUUGAGCUAUGAACUCCUCCCAAGACAUUUGCCUUUUUCACAAGAGAGAAUGGACUGCUGAGACAUCUGUGACUGGACAGACACAUCACAGUGUGAAAAUUUUAACUGCCUGAGCAGCAGUUCUAACCUUGUCGUGAGAUACUUCAGGGACGCCUUGCAGGUGCCCAGUUGAUUUUUUGACACUCCUUCAUUCCACACUGCUGAUCCCCUUGAUUUUCAAAACAGCUUGCGGCACUGGAGCACUGGCUCACAAAGUCUAAAAUCUUUUGGUUUCCAGAAUCAUGGCGUGGCCAUUUAGAACUGAGCCGCCAUAUCUGCGUCAGGAGUGUUUUGUCCUUUCUUAAACUGUUAACCUCAGCCAUGGGUGCGUAGCCAUAACCACGCCUAGUAAUUGGGCAAGCAUUGCCAGGACACUAAAAAAGUACCGGAGGCAGACAUGCGUACUUGUUUGCUCGUGUGGCUACUUUGUCUAGGAAUAAAAAGCUGCAAAAACCCAGAGUGUUAAGGCAGCCCUGAACUGCAAUUAGAUUCUGUAUCACCUUUUCUUGUUAGGUGUGCUUGCGGUGUUUAGUAUGUUCCCUUUUGCAGUUGGGCAUGCCAUAAUACGUUCUACAUUCAUCACAGGCAGUCUUUUAUCACAAAUUGCUUUGGGUUUCCUUCUGACAGUCGGGGAUCCUUUAGUAAGCAGCCUCCACUUAGUGCAGAAAGCAGCUGUAGGCAUGAGUGCUGUUUUAAAAUGGCUUUGCGGGAUCGAUGCCAACCUGUGAGCAUGGCCACUUUUAUAUGAAAAUCUAGGAACAGUGCUCUUUGCCACAUAAAGCACACACACACACGCCUUGCUUCUUACUUCUGUGUAAACCUUCAGACUAAUUUUGCGCUCUCUGACUUGGUAGUUAAUUUUUUUAUUUUUUAUUUUUAAGAGGCCAGCUUGAAGCCAUUCCAGCUACAAAGAGCAUCUUUGCUCAGCCUGCGCUAAUGAACGCAGGAGGGCAGCCUUUCUCAAUGAUGUGCCACACAAAGAAGACAGGGCUGUGGAAACAAAGGAGGCUCAAAUGUUGGUCUGCGAUUCUGUAAAAGGAGAGGGGUGUGUGUGUGUGUGUGUGUGUGUGUGUGUGUGUUGGCAAUUGGUUACAGAAUGGAGAGAGAUAAACACUGCUUUUGUUGUGCUGUCAGUAUCACAGACUUUAAGCUUCAUAAUUGCCUUGCUGGUGGUGUGAACAUCCUCCGUCAGUUCACUGCCAGCGCUAUCCAUCCUUUGUCUCGUUUUGCUUUGCUCUUCCAAUUCAUAAUCUGUACCUGGCUGUAAUCUGUUCAUAAAAAUAUAAAAAAUUAUCACGUAGGUGUCAGUUUCACCUUUCAUCUUUGGUAGCUGACACUUUGUGAGUGUGAGUGUUUAGGCUGCUGACUCUUCACUUAGAUUUGCUUGUAUGGCCAACAAGUGGGCUGUUCUCCGCUGCAUUGCUUGUUUAGUAUUUACAUUCCAAAACACUUAUACAGUGGUACCUCGCAAGACGAAUGCCUCGCAAGAUGGAAAACUCGCAAAACGAAAGGGUUUUUGGUUUUUUGAGUUGCUUUGCAAGACGAUUUUCCCUAUGGGCUUGCUUCGCAAGACGGAAACGUCUUGCAAGUUUGUUUCCUUUUUCUUAAAACCGCUAAUACAGUUGCGACUUGACUUCGAGGAGCAACUCAUAGCACGCGGUGUGGUAGCCUUUUUUGAGGUUUUUGAAGACUUUGGUGAUUUUUGAAGCUUUUCCAAAACUUUUCCGACACCGUGCUUCGCAAGACGAAAAAACCGCAAGACGAAAAAACUCGCGGAACGAAUUAAUUAAGUCUUGCGAGGCACCACUGUAUCUAGUGAAUCUGGAAAUGCAUGAUGGCUCUGCCUUUUUAUUGCAUUUAUAUCCUGCCUUUCCUCAACAAAAUGCAAGUGAGUGAGUGAGCAUGCUUGGGGGGGGAGAGAGAGAGAGAGAGAGAGAGAGAGAAUAGAUAGAGUUCCCAGAUGGUCUUCCCAGGCACUGACCAGACCCAUACAGCUUCAACAAUAUUGCUUUCAUAGAAUCGUAGAAUUGUAGAGUUGGAAGGGACCACAAGGCUCAUCUAGUCAAACCUCCUGCAAUGCACCAUAUUUGCAUUUUGUAUUUUUUAAGAGCCUUGCUGGGUCAGAUGAAAGGUGCGCCUAGUCCAGCAUAAUUUCCCCCUUCCUUCUUUUGAAGUAGCUGGGCCACAUGUAGCUGGGAGCCCCACAAGGAGACCAUGAAGACCCCAGCCCUACCCAUUGUUUGUCCCCAGCAACUGGUAUUCCGAGGUAUCCUUGAGACCACCUCUAGUGGGUGUCCAAGUUGGGCAUUUGCCAGGGCAGAGCAAGAGCAGCAGAGGGUCCUGCCAUUUCCACUUAGCAUCCAUAAAGCAGGGACAGCCUAAGGAAACUCUUUAGUUUGCAUGUCCCACCGCUUCCAGGUUAGAGGGGCCCACGGAAGGUGCCGUGCCCAAGGACCCCCAAAUUCCCGGAGCCAGAACCGGGAAUAGUACUUUUGAACAAGAUUGCAUUCAGCAUCAUGGCUACUGUUAGGAUUAUUAUUCUGAAUUUGUCUAAUCCUCAUUUUGCAAGCAUGGCUGUAGCCCUUUUGCCACGUGUUUGUGGCUGCGAAUUCUAUUAAGUUAACCAUGUGUGUCGUGCUAAGCUGCAUAGGAUCGUACAUUUUAAAAGCAAUAAUAAAUUGCAUACAAAUGAUAUAACAAUUUGUUACGUGCUCCACAUUUUCUGCAGUGGUAUGUGGAGAGAAAACUUUUUCACACUGCGUUAUGAAAAAAAGAAUGGUUGUGCCUCUUAAACUACAGUGGUACCUCGGGUUAAGUACUUAAUUCGUUCUGGGGGUCUGUUCUUAAUCUGAAACUGUUCUUAACCUGAAGCACCACUUUAGCUAAGGGGGCCUCCUGCUGCCACUGUGCCGCAGGAGCACGAUUUCUGUUCUCAUCCUGAAGCAAAGUUCUUAACCUGAGGUAAUAUUUCUGGGUUAGCGGAGUCUGUAACCUGAAGCGUAUGUAACCUGAAGCGUAUGUAACCAGAGGUACCACUGUAUAGUUUCAGGCAAAUGUCCAAAGUGGUGCUGAUCACGUUUCACAGUAGUCCUAUCCUAGCAAUUUCAUCGUAUAAAUGGAGUAGCAAGUAUUUUAUUAUAUUCGGGUAGUACCUAAUUUCUGUGUAUAACCUUACUGCUUAAUAUCAGUGGACAUGAAAUUUGAGAGCCCUUGAAAAUCAGUAGAGCUGUACAUUUCCCAUCCCCAACAGAAGCUUCUCAUUCUGUAACUCUGUCACAGCAGCCCAUAUUGUUGGAAUAACUUAGCUGCAUAUUUGUGAAUCAGUUCAGUUGGGGGGAAAUGGAAGAGAUGGAAAUCAGUUAUACUGAAUGCUAUCUUAAAAGGAAGCAAGUGCAUUGUAUUUUUUUUAUAUAAAACAAAAAAAACAAACAAGAAAGUUGAUGGGAUGUUUUCUGCCAUCCUAGGUCUCAUUUGCUAAUUGAAAUCCAACCUAGGAGUGUGUUUGUGUGUGUUCUCAAAAUAGCAACAGCUGCCAUUCCAAAACUACAGCAAAGCAUAUUUUGUUCUUUGGAUGUGUAAGAGAAGUUCCCUGCCAAAGCAAUUCAAAUUCUGCACUUAAGCAAACCCUCAGUUCUGCCACCUGUAUAAGCUAUGCAAAUUCAAUAAAUGCAUAAUUUAUUUGCAUGGUUCUGCCUUUUUAUUAGUUUUGCUUAAUUCAGAUUUUGUUAGUCAUGGGAGAGGGGAAAGGAGCUAUACAGGUCACUAAAAAAAACCCUUUCUGCUCUCCAUAAACCUUUAUUCUCGUUUCAGAAAUCUCGUUAGGCAGUUGCCCAUAUGCUUUCAACCAUAUUUUCAUAACCAUAAUGGCUAUAAAUUUUUGCUCCCUUUGCCCCAGAUUUACAUGGUGUUCGUAUCACCACCGGGUGCCCAUAGUUCAAUUCUGUCCAACUUCAAAGUUGAGAUUGGUGGAUUGUCCUUGACCUUGUGCUGUGUUUCAAAGAUAGUGUGAUAUCAGGAAUAUGCCCUUUGUGAAUACCAGGACCCUGUCCUUCAACCAACAUUUGGCAACUACAGCCAAAUACAAAUUUGCAUUUAUUGGUCAUUCUUAGGGUGCCAGGGAGUAGCCAGCCCUGCAGAAGAUAGGGGUGAGAGAGAAGGUUCAGAAUUGUUACCCUCAGCUGGUAAAUCGUAUGUGCUGGUGACCUUUGUAUUUUCUUCCUGGAUAAAACUGGGCCUGUUCACUUCUAAUUUAAAAAUUUCCAAAAAUACUAAAUGAGCUCUUAACACUUUUUAAACACAUAUCCUACCUGCAGGAAUACUCAAUGAGAGUACCAACAGAAAAAGAAAAAAAUGUCCCAAUCAGGUACUGUAACAACAAUGACCAAUUUGGGAUUUGAUUGAAGAAUUUACAUUAUUGUGCCUCUGAAGUGCUUUCGUCAGUGAUGAAUUCUUUCAAAACCUCCACUGAUGGUUCCCAAAUAUGACUCUCCUCUUGCUUCUUCGGGAGGAUGAAUAUCCUGUGUGUUGCUGAGACAUCCAAAUGGCUUUCAGAACCAGAGUAAAUUAUGCAAAGUGUAUUUGAGGUAGGGCAGCCUUUCUGUUUGAAGACGUCCUCUAUUUUGAAUGGGUUGCCCAGUCAAAGUUUCUUUUAAAGAUAAGAACCAUAAGAAGGAAGAGGAGGUCAGCUUAGCUCCGAGACAGGAGACUGAGCAGGAGCAUAGCUCACUUGGCUACAGUUUUCUUCACUAUGGUGAGAUGUAUGUUAAUUUCAACAGACAUGUUUCCCUAUGUGCAUCUAAACCUGUGUGUGCUAUUCAAGAAUCAUGAUACAGGAAAAACAGUGAAGCCAGCCAAUGCCUUCACAUAGCUCCAUCCUUAUUUCAGACAUGGUUAUAUUUUGGUAUAUCAUGGUGUUGUAAAGGUAAAGGGACCCCUGACCGUUAAGUCCAGUUGCUGACGACUUUGGGGUUGUGGCGCUCAUCUCGCUUUGCAGGCCGAGGGAGCCGGCGUUUGUUCGCAGACAGCUUCCGGGUCAUGUGGCCAGCAGGACUAAGCCGCUUCUGGUAAAACCAGAGCAGCGCACAGAAACGCCGUUUACCUUCCCGCUGGAGCGGUACCUAUUUAUCUACUUGCACUUUGUCGUGCUUUCAAACUGCUAGGUUGGCAGGAGCAGGGACCGAGCAACGGGAGCUCACCCCGUCGUGGGGAUUCGAAUGGCCAACCUUCUGGUCGGCAAGCCCUAGGCUCUGUGGUUUAGACCACAGCGCCACCUGCGUCCCCAUCACAAUGUUUAGCUGGUUAUAUAUCACAGUGUUGAAAACCAGAUGUCGUCCAGCCCUAAUUGUCACCAGUUUAGUGCCAGCACUUACAGUACUGGAGCUCGUCUGAGACCCAAGCUAGGAGUUUGUUAGAAGAAAGUUAUAAACUCAAACAAAAAACCAGUUGGUCCCUGGCAGGGACCCCUAGCCAGUUUAGCCCUCUGAGGACCAGAAAAUUGUACCUGGCUCUCAUCCCUACACACCCCACCUCCUGCUGGCAUCUGUAGUAGGUAUGUGCAAGUUUCUCAUUAGAAGGCUGGGAUUUGAAACUGCUGUGAUAACUAGAUUUGCCAUGUAAAGUUCUCUGUUACAUUCAGUUACUGUGAUGGCAGUUCUAUUUUAGUGCGUUUUGCACCUUUCUGUGAUUUGGUAGAGAGAAUUAGGUUUUUUUUAUUUUUUAAAAAAAUUAUUGAAUUGAUAUACCGCCCCACACCUGGAGGUCUCAGGGCAGUUCGCCAAAAAUAUCACAAUAUAUAAAGCAAAAUAAAAACACUGGGUAAAUCAUCCUGAAUAAAUCAUAGUUGUGUUCAUUUCUCCGAGUGGUUUUGAGUGUGCUACCAAUUGCAGUGGGCAGGGGACAGAAAGCUGAGUCACUUCCACCAUUCCUGUUAUCACCUGCUAGAAUGAAUGGUAACACUUUAGGCUGCAGGUGGGGAGAGCACAUAGAUGGGGGCGGGGAACCCCACAAAACUCUCUAUACAUACAAGUAGUACAGCAGGAAGUGACUCAGAGUGGGACAGCUCUCCCAGAUGUGCAGUUUUUUAACUUGUAAGGAGGCUUUUAUGUAGAGAGGCCGCCAGAAACGGGUACCCUACUUGUGGUACAUGCCACUGUACAUGUCGGUCACACAUUGCUGCCCAUGAGAAGAGAGUAUCCCUUCCAUAGCAAGGUGGGAGAGGGCUAAACCUCACCUUUCUACAGGCUGCAGUCCUGACAAAAGUUGGUGCGCUUCCAUGCCUUAGUUUAUGUAUUUCAAAAUAUUUAUAUACCACUUUCACAACAAUAUAUUAAAGCGGUUUACAAAGGUAAUUAUAAGACAAAACAUACGAAUAACGGCUUAAGAAAGCAGGUACAGGCCAGUGCUUGAGAACUGGAAUUCCCUCUUUCAGAUCUCAGACUUGUGGGUCUUGCCCCCAUCCCUGUUUGUAAUGUAGAGCUGUUAAAACUAGCCUAGCUUUCAGGAUUGCUGUAAGUAAUUUUAGUCUUCCCGUGAACAUAUGUCUAUGUGUCUUGAGCACUUGCUCCAUAUUUGUCAGGAAGGAUAACUAAUCCCAACAAAUAUUGAAAGGGGGAUAAAUUCUGGCUUUAUAACAUGUGCAAAAAUCCUUUUGUGCAGAAAACGAUCUACACAGGCUUUGGGCUGCUGACUUUCAUAACAAAAUUCCAUGUGAGCAGCUGUAUAAAAUCACUAAGGCCUAGCGCAGGUGUAACAUUUUCCUGAUAAUUUAACCAUUGUUAGGAGAGAAGGGAUUCCUUGCAUGCUCACACUGUCCAUUCCCUGCCCCCUCAGCACAGACCCCCUCCACUAUUUCCUUUUCAGCAUAUUGCUCAUGCCUGCACCAAGGUAUUCAGAAUUUGUAAACCAGCUGAUUCAGGGUUUCUGGGUUAGAUUCAAGCUCUGGUUUAAAAUCAACCAUGAUUAGCAUUAAACUUGAUGCAGAUGUAACGUUCCUCCUGGUUGACAUUGACAAAAGGAAGAUAGGAUGGUCACAUCCAGACCAUACUUUUAAAGCACAUUCAGUGCAUAUGGCUUGCCCCAGAGAAUCCUGGGAACUGUAGUUUAAGGGAGCUGAGAAGUGUGGCUCUGCAAAGGGUAAACUGUGUGGGAGCCCAUCAGCCUUCUGGGACAUUCCCAGUGGUUUAAACCCUUAGUGAAAUGCUCAGGAAAUGUCCUGACUGCAACAGGAGGGUCCAAAUGGCAUCAAGGACUUUCUCUGCCCAUACAGCUCAUCCCCUGGAUCUGCAAUUUGGAAACAUCUGCACACGUGCAUUUGUGUCCACCAUUCAUGCACAUGCUUCAUUUUUAACCAUGUCAGCUUUAAAAUAAGCCUGCAGAAGCCUAAUCUAGAAGCCCGCAGACUGUAUGGCACUUGGUUUUCCUCGUUAACCUAAGUCCCAAAGGCUGGAGUGACCUCAGAGAUUAUGUGGUUUUGGCCUCAUCACACCGUUUAGAGGAAGCUGCUGGCAGCAGGCAGUGUUUUGAAAAGCUGUCGUCCUCUUUGGCGUGAGUGCGCUUGCCACAAGCAUUUCAGUGGCAUGAUGUAGCUGGAUACUGCCUCCCCAGGGCAUGGUCUGACUUUGAUCAUACGGUUGGAGAGCAAGCCAGGCAGAUACAUCAAAAGUAGGAGGCAAUAAGAGUGCAGAACAUAGGCUUCAAGCACCACAUUUUAGGUUUUUUCUUCUUCUCAUCCACACUUCCUUUCUUUAAAAAAAAGAAGAAGGAAGAAAAUGGGGCAAAAGUGUUAGAAAACAACCACCAAUAUAACUUUUUUAUAUAAAAAAAUGGAUUGGUUCAAGCUAAGACACACCAUCCUUCACAAAGUAUCUGCCACAAUAAUGCACAGAAACAAACUACUGAUGUAGUGAUGCUGCAAGUGUUUUCUACAGCCUCUUUCAAUAUAUUAGGUAAAUCAGUUUUGUAUAUUUUGGGACUCUGGUGAAUUGUGGCUUUUAAGACUGAAAACGUAAUGCUCCUUUUCUGAACUCUCAAUCCUCAUUUUGCUUCUUAACUGCACUUUCUGAUUAAAUUCAGCAUUUACAAUAAAAGCAAGAACAUUUGUUUGUUUCCUAGCUGGUACCAUGGCUUCGUCAUUGGCAGUGUCAGGUCUGUGCUGCGGCUGUUAGGAAAAAAUUGGCACCCUCCUCAGGUUUGAACCUUGGCAGGUGCCCAACAGUUUUGACCUGCUCACAAGCCCUUCUCUCACCCAUGCCCUUCUUUGGCCUGCCUCGCUUUCCUGAUUCACUCACUCACUGGUUCACUACAACCAAAGUUUACAUCAGUGUAUGAAUCAGGUAAACUAUGGUUACUUCCGCCCAUCGUUUUCUUCCAAACCAUCAUUUCCAGCCAAUUUGCAUUUAGUAUUUAUUCUUUCUUAACUGAUAAAAUUUUGUGUGGUAUCCCUUUUAAUAUAAACUGCAAUAAAACUAUUAAAACAAGGUAUUUCCGUUUUGCUUGCUUCAUGGUUGUGAAAUGGCAAAAGUGUUUUUUAUUAUCACUUUAGACUGGGUGUGAGUCAGAAAGCUGGCUUUGUUUGAUUCUGUGAACUUUGAAUUGAGCAAAUGAAAGAAGAAGUGUGUUUCUGUUGUUAGGAAUGGUUGCUGUGCUUGGUGUCAACAGAGUCCAUCCAGGCAACUUGGAUGCUUUGCUGGGUUUCACGAGGUUGAAAGGGGCACUGCUAGGUUCAGAGAUGUAUAAAGCAAAUUCUGUACACUAGGGGUGGCCAACCUGUAGCCCUCCAGAUGUUGGAUUACAGCUCCCAUCGUCCCUGAACACUGGCUAUACUGCCUGGGGAUGGUGGGAGUUGGAGUCUAACAACAUCUGGAGGCCCAUGGGUUAGCCACCCACCCAUGGCAUGCACUUUUACUUGCAAGCAAAUCCCAUUGUGUUAUAGAACUUAAUUCUGUGCUAGUAGUGGGCCCUUGUCAUUUAAACUCACUUCUGAUGGAUGGCUUGGUUUUCUCCUUGCCUAGCUUCUCAUUGGUUGAGCUGCUCUGAUGUCACCAAUCAGGUUGUUUGGGUUUGGCUCAUCUCAGGCAGUUAAGCUCUUAAGAGGGACAGUUUGUUUGUAUAUAGUGUCUAUUUAGAGCUUUGGAAUCAGAAUUCUGGAACCCUGUGACAUUUGUAAGUCCAAUAAUGGCUUGUGUGAUCACUUCUCCCCCAUAUUCAUUUAAAAAUAUUGAUCUGUUCUGGCAUAUUUAUGUAUUGGCAGAUCUGGUGAUAAGAGCUGGGCCAGCAUUUUCAUGUUUUAAACUGUAAGCCUCCCCUAUACACUCCAAAUAUUGUGGAAACCCAGCUGCUAUAAAGCAAGGAAGUGUAUCAGCUUAUCUGUACAUAUUGAUUACACCCUGGCACCUGCUGCAGCAGUGAAGUUUGUUUUUUAAUAUAUUAACCCAUUGGUAUUUCUAAAAAAUAUUUUCAUUUUCAAAUAUAUAACAACAAAUAAAAAAGAACUGCAUGUACAAAAAAAACCCCCUCAGUAUCUUUCUAGAUUUAAUGGUUGAUCAGACGAAGGGAUUUCAGUGCAGAAGUUACAUGCUCAUGGAUCUAAUGUUUGCACAGGGCCAACAUGAUAAAGUUCAGUGCAUGUUGGCCUAAGCUAUGUAGUCAUUCAGUUCCUUCCAGUGACCACACAAUUCAUGCCUGCAAAAUGCCCUGUGCAGAAGUUGAUGGACUCUUGCCUUUACACCAGUGGUAGGGAACCUGUGAUUCAUCAUUAGUUGUUGGAUGCCCAGCUCCCAUCAACCCUGGCCAGUGGUUAGGGGUGAUAGGGUUUGCAGUCUAACGAUAUCUGCAGGGGACAGGAAUUUGUUCAAAGUAAGCCUGAGAAAAAAGCUAAUGCUGUUCUAGGCUGCAUCAACAGAAGUAUAGUGUCCAGAUCAAGGGAAGUAAUAGUACCACUCUAUUCUGCCUUGGUGACACCACACUUGGAAUACUGUGUCCGAUUCUGAGCAUGACAGUUUAAGAAGGAUGUUGACAAGCUGGAACAUGUGCAGAAGAUGGCAACUAAGAUGAUCAAGGUUCUGGAAACCAAACCUUAUGAGGAAAGGUUGAAGGAGCUGGUUAUAAGAUACGAUAGGUAAAGGUAAAGGGACCCCUGACCAUUAGAUCCAGUCGUGGCUGACUCUGGGGUUGCGGCGCUCAUGUCACUUUAUUGGCUGAGGGAGCCGGCGUACAGCUUCCAGGGUCAUGUGGCUAGCAUGACUAAGCUGCUUCUGGCGAACCAGAGCAGCGCACGGAAACGCCGUUUACCUUCCCGCCGGAGUGGUACCUAUUUAUCUACUUGCACUUCAUGCUUUCGAACUGCUAGGUUGGCAGGAGCAGGGACUGAGCAAUGGGAGCUCACCCCGUCGCAGGGAUUUGAACCGCCAACCUCCUGAUUGGCAAGGCCUAGGCUCUGUGGUUUAACCCACAGCACCACCCGAUUCCUCAUAAGAUAAGAUAGCCAUCUUCAAAUAUCUCAAGGGCUGUCACUUGGAAGAGGUAACAAGCUUGUUUUCUCCUGCUCUGGAGGGUAGGACUCGUACCUAUGGCUUCAAGUUACAAGAAAGGAGAUUCCGAAUACGGUAAAUAUCAGGAAGAACGUUGACAGUAAGAGCUGUUUGACAGUGGAACCGACUCCCUCAGGAGGUUGUGGACUCUCCUUCCUUUGAGGUUUUUAAGCAGAGGUUGGAUGGCCAUCUGUCAUGGAUGCUUUAGCUAAUAUUCCUGUAUUGCAGGGGGUUGGACUAGAUUACCCUUGGUGUCCCUUCCAACUCUACAAUUCUAUGAUGCUAUGAAAAUAACUCAGAGUGGGGUGCUACUGAAUGCUGUCAUCUCUUAGUGAGUGCAAACAGUUGCCGGCAGCUCUGGUUCUGGAGUAAAAAUGAACCCACCGUAAGCGACUUUUACAGCUGGGCCUUCUGUAGGUUGCAUCUCAUGGUUAAUUUUUUAUUAAACAUGUUCUCCUCUAGAGCAUUCCUGGAAGGGAACUGGGGAGAUAAGUGGGUUGAUGCAUUAUCUUUACAUAUGCGUUCCACUGUUCUUUGUCUUUAGUUCUUUGUAUUCAUUUAAAAGGCUGUGGUGUCUGCUAGGUUAGCAGCGUUACAGCGCGACCUGAAGUUGUGUUUUUAAAUGGCUCUGUCGCGGUGAUAACUUUUAAGGCGAGUGACAGAUGGGCAGUCCGAGCUUUUUGCAGUCUUUAAAGAUGGAGGAGUAAAAGGACAGAAUUUUCUGUUGUUUUGGGGGAAAGAAGCUGACAUCUGGCUUCCAGUGUUUUGCUCCGUCUUGGAGGAGAUGGUGCCUGGCUGCUGUUUCCUUGUGGCUGACACAUGACACCCCUUUUGCAAAGCUCGCUGUUGAGUCAGCAGAAAUACUAGCCAGACUCGUCUGGCUUCAGAGGAGCCUUUGGUGACAGCGAGGCAGUGAAACAAAUUAAGGUUGUGUGAGCACUAGGAGGUGUUUGGGCCACAUGCUGCGUGGGCAAGGGGAAGGCGGGGGUGCCCCUCGCACAGCCUUUGCCAGCCUGGCUCAUCUCCAGCUGUUUUAGACUACAUCUCCCAUCGCCCGCAGCAAAUUUACCCUAGCAAAUGAGGCCACGAUUAAGAAGGGCAGAAGAGGGCAAUGGGCCUCUCAGGAUUCCCCACCUUAAUUGCGGGCUGAGGAAUUGGCAGAGAACAUUAUUCUUAUUUUUUAAAUUUGUAUGCCACCCUUCAUCCAAGGGACGCGGGUGGCGCUGUGGGUUAAACCGCAGGGUCAGGGGUCCCCUUACCUUUACCUUCAUCCAAAGAUCACAGGGCAGUUCACAUUUUCAGCCAAUUUCUCCAGGUGGCAGAGAGAUUCUGGAGUAAAAAUGCAUACCUGAAGGAGCUUCGCCACCCCCAUUAUUAAGCCCAGACAUUGAGGUCCAGCUCCAAGGGCCUUCUGGCUGUUCCCUCCUGUGAGAAGUGAAGCUACAGGGAACCAGGGAGAAGGGAGAAUGCCUUCUCGGUAGUGGUGCCCAUCCUGUGGAACACCACCUCCCUCAGAUGUCAAGGAGAUAAGAAACUAUGCAACAUUUAGAAGACAUUUAAAGGCAGCCCUGUAAAGGGAAUUUUUAAAUGUUUAAUGCUUUAUUAUGCUUUUGUGUAUGUUGGAAGCCACCCAGAGUGGCUGGGGCAACCCAGUCAGAUGGGCAGAGGACAAAUAAUAAAAUGAUAAUGAUAGUGAUGGUGAUUAUCCAGCAACUUUUUGGGGUGGGGUUAUUUUCCUUUCUCCUAAGGUUUUUUGUUUUUGUUUUGUUUUUUUGUCAUCUCUUUCCUUCCACUGCAAGUGGUGUCAGCAGCCAGCAGCUGUGCUGGCAACCACUUUGCUGCCAACGAUGUAGAGUGACGUUCUGGGAUGUGGCCAGGCCAGGGCUGGUAACUUUAACCCGGAGGUGAGGAGUGCUUGGAGAACAUUCAUCCUGUUGACCCUUUUCUCAGGGGAAGUGAGAGGAAAACCUCCCCUUUUCUCAGAAAUGGUCUUCUGAGAAAGUUCAGCUAACCUCUAGCAGAGGGUCUCAUCCAGAGGCUUCCUCCUACUCUUUCCUGAAUCAAUAUUGGCCUCCUUGGUGGGGCUUCCAAGGUGAUAGGGAGGUUGAUCUCAUGCAGCGAUUCCUAUAUCUUCAUUAUAAACAGUAAAUGGGGUGUGUAUAACUAGAUAUACAUGCCAAAGAUAGUAAUCUGUUUGCUUAAAGAGGGCUGCUGGGGGGGGGGGGCGGACACAGAAUGCAGUGUACUAUUCCCUAACUGACCUUUCUUUCCUUUUUCUCCUUAAGAUGUCUUGGGUCUCAUCUAAAUUGUAAGCUUGUGGAAAGGAUCCGUUUUAGUUUUAAUUAUGCAUGGCUCGAACGGUUUUAGGUCCUUUAUGAAAAAUUAAUAGCAAUAUUUGACUUGUGUUCAUAACAUUGCCGUAGCGAUUUAAGGGAGAUGUAAAAGAAAAUCGCAACGAUAUUCUCAAAAACGCACAGUGCCUCUUGGCAACUGCAUCUUGAAUUUAUUUUAAGACCCAGUCUUCAAUUAUUUAUUUCAUUGGUAUCCUGCCCUCCCCUCCCCCCCCCCAAAUUCAGGAUCGAGAAUGUGGUUCUUCCCACUGUACCCCAGCAAUUCUUCACAACAACCCUGUGAGGCUGAGAGGCCCAAAGUCACUUUGACAGGCCUCAUGGCUGACUGGGGACCUCAACCCAGUUCUCUUCCAUCAUAAUAGUCUAAUAUUCAGUCUUAACAACCACAACAUACCCCUUCUCUUGAUCUUUGCAGCGAGUUCCUCACCCAAGAUAGCUCUCCGCUUCACCUUACUCUUUUCCCUUUCUUAUUUUUAUAUGUGUUUGUAAUCAUCAUAGAAUGGUAGAGUUGGAAGGGACCAAUGCAGGAAUCUCAGCGAAACCAUCCAUGACAGAUGGCCAUCCGGCCUCUGCUUAAAAACCUCCAGGGAAGGAGAGUCCACAACCUCCUGGGGGGAUUCAGUUCCAUGUUCACAAAAAAGUUGGUAAGAGCCUGUAGGGGUCACAGUUAGUGUCAGAUGUUGCCUCAAACCUGGUUUCCUUGACGUGAAAUGGGCUUCCUUUAAGAAUGCAUCAAGCAGUUUCUAGAGGAAAUCUCUCCUCUUUCACAGACGCCGUUCUUUUUUCCAUGUAAAUUUAUUUAUUUGGUUUUUCAGGUUAAAGUUUUACUAUCACAUAUCCAACAUACAGAAUAAAAACAAGAUUCCAAUUAAUCUCUUGGACUUCCCUCCUCCCCUUUGUGGGUCCUAUUGUUAGUCCUCCUGCAUCUUUUAUAAUAAUCCAGAUCUUUUACAUCUUUUUACAUCUCCAUUACGUCCAGAUCUUUUACAUCUUUUUACAUCUCCAUUACGUCCAAGAUUCACCAUUAAAUUACAAGUGUUAUUCCAAUCCUACUAACAAUUUUAGCUGUUUACAAUGGUUUUUAAGAUAAAUUAUAAAUUUCCCCCGUUCCUUAUUAAAAUUUUGUUCUUCCCAAUUUCUGAUCCUUCCAGGCAUUUUUAUCAUUUCGGCAUAAUCCAACUUAAUCUGCCAUUCUUCUCUGGUAGGGACUUUAUCUUCUUUCCAUCUCUGGACAGCAUGCUUUGGGUCCUAUCGUUUUACUGGUUGCACUAGCUGUGACUGUCAAUGUGAAUACUACUGGUUUGUUUGGGGCGUCUUUUUUUACUUUGUUUAGUUACAUGGGAAUGGUUCACUCUGUCCCAAUACCUGUACCUUACUCUGUCAUGGAAACCUCUAAUAAAAAACAUUUGGCAGCCUUGGAAAUUCAGCUCCUCUUUUGAGAGGCCUCAGACUACACCCAAGUGGCUCUCCGUUUUGAUCUUUCUACCCUUAAAUGGACAAGAGGUCAUGGUUUACCUUGGGGCUAUUUCACAUAACGACAUUGCGCGUGCGUCUGUCUGUGUGUGUUCUGUAUCAGCAGGGACUCCUUGCUAGCCUGCUGAUGACAUGAGUUAUCCUUUUGAAGACUCGAGCAGGUUUUCCUCUUGAUUUAAGAAGACAAAGCUACCUAAUCUCUGGAUCAGCUCCUAUCGCUGCACUUUGUCUAAGGGAAUGUUAAAGGCCGACACCUCUAAGAACGUCAGUAAAUCUCAACUUGUGCAGAGCGCAUUGGACUUUCACAUUUUUUAGACUUAAGGAAAAAAAGAAAGGCCUAUUCACUUGAUACUUGCUGGUUUUGUUCUCUACUUUUGCUCGUCCAGAGGCUCUGCAUGGAGAAGACUUUUUAAAAUAUAUUAUCUCUUUCCCACUCACAUGCCUCUCAAAGUAUUUUUACUCAUCUCUUGUGACUUGUUAUCUUAAUCUUAUUUCACACUCAACUUGUUCCUUAUUUCCUUCACCCCAAAAUGGCUGGUUUCUUUCAUCUUCAUUCCCUGGUCCUUUUACAUUCACAUUUCCCCCCCUAUACCGUCUUUCCUCUCUUAUCCCUUUCCUUUCUAUUCAGAGUUGUUCAUCAUCAAUAAUAAUAAUAUAUAUAAAUAAACGUUAACCUUUUCUCACUUUCUAACUUCCUUCAACAUAUCCCCUGUCCCUUUACCCUCAAAGGAGGAAGACAUUCCUUCUUUCCUCUCCCUCUGAACUUCUGUCUCCCAGCUACCUUUAUUCAUCCUGCAAGGACUUGCUGGUGCUGGCAUUGGACCAAUCAAAAGACUAUGGCAAGACCUGGUGGCAGAGCAGGUGUUGACAACAGUGGUCUAUUUAUUUAUUUAUUUAUUUUGUAAUUUUCUUUAUAGCCUACCCUUCACCUAAUUGUCACAUGGAAGGUUACAAAAACUUCUCAAUGGAAAUAAGUACACAGUGUGUUGAAAUCAUAAAAUAAAACAACAGAAAGAAUUGUGAUCUCAUUACAUCAGUUGUGCCUAUUCAAAGUCCAUCUCUGGACCCAAUUUAAAGUACUGACUUUGAGCUAUAAAGUGCUUUAUGGCCUUAGACCAGCAUGCUUAUAGGAACACUACAUGGGCCAUUGGUCUUGAUAUAAGGCACCUUGCUGUCUUCCUAGAACUUGUAGGUCCCGUAUAAAUCUAUUUUGGCAAUGACAAGAGAAAGAGCCCUCAAAAUCGCACAUAGCUGCUAUUUAACACCUAGACGUCUAGCUUAUAUAAAACUCAACAGGUCUCCUAUGUGUUGGAGGGGGUGUCUCACUAUUGGAACAUAUAGACAUACGUGGUGGGAGUGUUCAAAAAUGGAAAAAUUCUGGGAAAAUGUCUUUGCAGAGAUAUCUUUGGUUAAAAGGCAGACAGUAUCUAUGUCCCCAGGACUGGCACUGCUUAAUUUGUACAGUCGGGACUCACCAAGAAUUAGAAAUAAAGAUCUUAUAACCCAUUUAUUAACCGUGGCAAGAACAACCAUACCAAUAGAAAACAUUGCAACUGUUGACCAUGGAUAUGUGGUAUGAAGCAGUCUGGCAGACGGCUUUGUUGGAAAAGCUAACAUGGAAACUGCGGAUAGCAAGAGGCCAAAAGAAAAACAAUAACUUAUACGCAGUAGGGGGCGACUUUAUUGAACACACAGGUAAUGAGGCACAUGGGGGAGUAGUGUUUGGGGUGGGUAACACAGUUUGGAAUACAGUCGUACCUUGGUUCUUGAACGUAAUCCGUUCCAGAAGUCCGUUCAACUUCCGAAAACAUUCAAAAACCAAGGCGCGGCUUCCAAUUGGCUGCAGGAGCUUCCUGCAUUCGAUUGGAAGCCGCGUUGGACAUUCGGCUUCCAAAAAUGUUCGCAAACCGGAACACUCACUUCCGGGUUUACGACGUUCAGGAGCCAAAACAUUUGAGUCGCAAGGCGUUUGAGAACCAAGGUGCGACUGUACUUUGAAGUACACAUUUUAACCCUUCAAAUUGUUACAGAUAUAAUGUAUUCCUUCCUUUUAAUGAGAUUGGAGCACAUGAUGUGUUAUUUUAUGGUUUUUAAGAUUAUGAGAAUGUUUGAAAUAUAUGCUGUGGCAAAUAAACUAUUUCAAAAGAAGAAGCUGUGAGGCCUUCUUCUCUCACCAUGAAAGGGCUUGUAGCCACGAUGGCUUCGUUCUUCCUCUGCGGUUGGAGGCAGGAAUGCUUCUGAAUAUCAGUAACUGAAAACCACAGGAGAGGAGAGGGCUCUUGUGUUCGAAUCCUGCCUGCCGGUUUUGCCCAGGCAUCCAUUUGGCCAGUGUGAGACAGAAUGCUGGACUGGAUGAGCAGACUCUUCUUACAUUCUUACAUUUAAAAUGUGAAUAGGCCUCUGAUUCAGCCUAAAUAGGAUACAAAAAGUCAUUGCUGAAAAUAAUUAUGGCUAGGAUAAUCAUGUCAAUAAACCUUGUUUUGGAAGUAACUCUUGCUGUUAAAAUUAGAAAGCAUGACACACAAGCCUUUAUUAAUAACAUCUUGGAAUGAUAACGGCAAAGCAUAUUUGAGCCAUUCCUAUUGUUCUGUUUCAUGCCAUCUGUUCGCACACCCACGGUGGCAAAGAUUUUUUUAAUCUAAACAUUGGGAAAGGGCAUUUUAGUAUCUGCUCAUUCUAUUGCUUGAUGGCCUGGAAGUGUGUGUUCCUUUCCAAUUUCCACUUUGGUUAAUUUCCGCAGCGUUUUAAAACAGCUUAGUUCCAGGUAAAAAUGUCAUUUUUGUAGGUAAUAGCUUGGUACCUUCUAAUUAUUGCUGGUAUUUUAGAUUUGAUAGAGAUUUCGGCGCAAGACAAUAACUGUUAUAAACUCAUUUGGAAGAAAAUGUAUACUGGUGGAAACUGUUUAUAAAAAGAAGGCCCUAGGCUUUGGGAAUAAUAAAGUCAAGUCCUAGUAAAUUCAGUUUUAAUUGGUUAACUGCAUAAUUUUGCAAGUAAGAAUAAUGAAUGGGUGAAGAACGCACGUAAGGCAUUUUCACUGGGUGUUAUCCUAAAACUUAACGUUCCUGCGAUGUGUUCCAUUUAAAUGGCAGACAUUUGCCUAUAGAUCAUUUGUGUUCCAUUAUAUAUUGAGAAUUAAAUCAAUUGCUACAAUAAUGGAAACUGAGAGUACUUGAUUUAGUUGCACCUUUGAUGUGAGAGCUAGCAGAAGAGAGGUUUUUGCUAUUUAUUUUUUACUACCAAAAUAAGGGUCAAUAUGAUGUAGGGAGGAGAGUGAGUCUCUCUUUAUUGCAAGAACCCACAUAGGGAUCCUCUCAGUGGAGUCUGCCCCCAAAUUUUGCCAGUAUCAUUGUUCUUUCCCCAUUGGAGUGAAUGGAAGCCAUGUGGGAGAAAGUUGAGGGGUGUUUGCAGACAUAGAUAUUACUGGAGCCCACGGCUCAACUUGCUCCUGACAGAUCGCGGGGAGAAGAUGAUGUUCCCCUUUUUGCAACAAAGCUGUCAAUCAUCAGUCUUGUUUCCUAUGUCCUAUGGGAGCUAUUUCCACCCGGACAAUGCUUCCGACUGCAGUAUGUCUGGGACGUAUGCCAAUCCUAGAGUGUAGCUAACAUAGUGUGAUAGCCAAUGAAAUGUUAUUUUUAUUUAUGUAGAUUUUAGCAUGAUCCUGUUCAUUUCUAAAUCUGCAAACCAGAUUGUUUUCCUAAUUCAGAAGUAUUAAUGCUGGCUGGGGGUGAUGAGCUUUAGUUCAAAACAGCUAGAGGACAGCAGGUUAACCUUUCUAUUACAAAGUCUCCAAGACAACAUUUUUUAAAUACCAUUAUGUGCAAAUUGUCUGCCUUAAAGGCUGCCUUAAUUUUUAGCACCAGUUAAAUUGACAGCUGCCCAAGAGGUGGGAUGUAGUGUCUUACCUACCAUGGAAGGGAACAGGUGUGAAUUUAAAUCAGUUUGUCCACAUUUGGGACCCAGUGUGAGUUGAGCAAGCCCAAUGAAUUAUUCCCCCCCUGCCUUCAAAGCCACUGGAAUCCUUUCUCUGUCUAUCACUCUUAAACAGAAAAGUUGACUAUAUUACUAGUGGGCAGUGUAGAUUUUGUGUGUGUUGUUUAGUCGUGUCCGAUUCUUCGUGACCCCAUGGACCAGAGCACGCCAGGCACUCCUGUCUUCCACUGCCUCCCGCAGUUUGGUCAAACUCAUGUUCGUAGCUUCGAGAACACACACAUAUAAUAUGUAUAUAACCUUAAUAACUUGUCCUUGAGCUUGCUUUGCCUUCCUUCCUCUAUCACUCCCGUUCCUUUUUCCUUGUGUGUCAUGUCCUUGUAAAUUGUGAGUAGGGAUCAUCUUAAUACUGGUUUUCAUAUACUGCUGUAAGAACCUUUUUGAAUAAACAGUGGGCUAUAAAUAAAUAAUGCACAUAUAUGAGCUAUAUAUAGGGAUUACACACAUACACAUCCGACUGUUAAUCUUCAAAGCAAUCAAAGAGCACUGCAAAACAGCAUUUAAAAGAAGUAGGCUCUUGAUCCCAGGAUACUGUCAGACACGUAGCAUAUUACAAAUAGGUGAAUGACGGGACAGAGGAAGAUCUGGCAAUGCUUAGCUUCUGCCUUGCUCAGUGACGCAGCUAGGAUUUCAAAUGUGCAUAAUACUUGUUUGUUUUUCAUUCUACAUUCCUCUUGCAAUAACCACAACCUAUAAAUUCCACAGUGGGGAACACUUCUUGUAUCCACAGCAGGCAGGCUGAACUCAAAUGCCUAAUUUAUCUGUGCCAUCUGUACUUGAUUGGCAGAACCACUAAAGUGAAUUAAUGUUACCUGAGAAACCCUGUUCCGGAUUCUGUAUGUUUUGCUGUCAGAUGACGCUCCUAAUAACGUGUGUCUAUCUGAACAAAUUAAAUAUGAUUUUUAAUCUGUAGUACAAGGAAAUAUUUAGAAAACUGCUUUUACUUCCAGCAAAUUUCUGAAUCAGAUAAAGAGUGUAGCAAGGAUAGGUGAGCUCUCUGAGAUGAGAUUCCUCUCAGAUUCAUUAAUUGUCUGAUUUUUCUCCCCAACUGUAAUUGGAGAAAAUCAGAUUAUUCUUCCAAAUUCACAUGAAGGUCUUGGGGAAAAUUUUUCCACUCCCUAUCCGCCCCCAGCAGCCCUUCUCUCCAACUCCAUAAUGCACAUAGCCCCUUUUCCCCAACUGGUACAGAAUACAGAAGCCAGUCUGUUCACCAGAUCAGGUUACAGGGAUCAUGUUACUCCUUUGCCGAGAAAGCUACAUAGGACCUCCUGAUUCCUUAUGCUCCAGCUCGAACACAGAGCUCUGACGGGGCAAUUUUGAGGGUCCCCCACACCCCAGAGAUUUUGUUGGCAUUUAACAGGAACCAGGCCUUUAGUGUGGCAGGCUCUGCCCUGUGGAACUCCUUGCCAAUAGAUGUCUGGCAGAAAUCUCCCUUGUUUGCUUUUUUAAAAGUGAGAACUGGAUCCUGCAACUGGGAUCCUGCUAUCAGGCAGAGCCACUCCAUAGCAUCAUAGAAUUGUAGACUUGGAAAGGGACCCCGAGAGGGUCCAGCUGCCUGCAAUGCAGGAAUAAAGGCACUUCCUUUUGCAUUGCCAGUGUGGCAUAAUCAUAAUCCCUUCUGUAUGUACAGAGGACUCUGAGUUCCACGUUCAAACAAUCUCUGGCAACUCUUAAAUGUAGGUUACUAAGUUCCUGGCCACUAGGUGUUUGAAUUGAGCUCCAGUAUCUUUGGCACUAUGAGACCAUAAAAUUUCCUGUGUAUGAUCAGCUGCCCAAGGAAGGAGAGGAAUGCAGAAUUUUAUGUAGCAGCCACACAGCUAACAAUGGUUGGAUGAACUGAUUCUAGGGCCAGGGAUGGGCGAGGCUUCAGGUAAGGGGAAGUUUCCCCAGGACCCAGUGGACCACUAGCCAACUAGAAAUGUACAAUACAGGCUGAUAAAGGUGGAGUGAGAUACAUACCAGUGGCUCGGGUCACAAAGCCAAUUGCUUACUGCUCCACCACCACCACGAGCCUCUAUACAGUGGUACCUCUUGUUACGUACUUAAUUCAUUCCAGAGGUCUGUUCUUAACCUGAAACUGUUCUUAACCUGAAGCACCACUUUAGCUAAUGGGGCCUCCUGCUGCCGCCGCGUCGCCGGAGCACAAUUUCUGUUCUCAUCCUGAAGCAAAGUUCUUAACCCGAGGUACUAUUUCUGGGUUAGCGGAGUCUGUAACCUGAAGCAUCUGUAACCUGAAGCGUCUGUAACCCAAGGUACCACUGUAUACGCAAGUGCAAAUCUAUAUCUACUAUGGAUUAGAGAUUCAACACUAAAACUCUUAAAACUAGAUUUGUAAAACUGUACAGAGACAUGAUCAAAGGCAAGCAACCAUAUUUUACAGGAAGUAAGCAAUGAGUCUCAGAGAAGUGAAAAGUUCAAGGUCAGCCAAGGCACAGAAUGUCCCUUCCCUUAACUUGCAGUUUGAAAACGUACUGCAAAUCAGCUAGAAAUCUACCAGUGUGUGCCAGUCUACCUUCCUGCUGUCCCUGCCCUGGACAUUGAUUAGUGGGUUGCAAUUUGCAAGAAACUUGCACCCUUCCCUCUGUGUGGGGCCGGGACAUAUUGGCUGCAUCACCAGUGUUAAAACAGUAGAAAAAAGGAAGGAGAGGUUAUUUUUAAGAAGGAAGAUGAGAGAAAACAGGAGAAAACAGAAUGCACAGUGCUGGGACACUGCUCAUUCUGCACAUUCAUUAUCUUCUUUUUUCAAUGCUGUCAAGAAUGAAGAACAAAGCCUUCAAUAUGGUCAGCACCAAAAUAACUUUUUAAUAACGCAACAAAGCACCAAGUCUUUUUUAAAUUUUGGCCUUGCAGCGCUAGUGGUAACCACAAGUAAAAACAAACGUGAUGCAAGCUCAGAGACAUUUUCUCAAAACCAUGAUUAAAACUGGCCUCCACACAAGUUAUAUAUCUGUUUUUCCUUUGGAGAUUUGGCAGCAAUUCAUCCCCUUCAGCUGCAAAUCAAAACUGGAACAACAGUCUGGAAGUUUGUGGCUUAAAACAUGUGCUUGUUAUUUGAGGAUAUCGGGGGUUUAACUCAUUCUACCUUAGUUAUUACCAAUGAUGUGAAUGAAGCGAAGACCUCAUGGUUGUAAAAGAGUGGUCCUGUACAAAAACGUUAUGCCUUUUGAGUAAAGAGAUCACUAUCCUAAUCUGAUAAAUAUGGUCAGUAUAAGCUUCUGACUAGCCACUAUCCUGAUUGCCCAUGGCAGGUAAGAAUUGUUUCUGAAACAUGUCUCUUUUUUUUUCUUUUUACAAAUCCCAUAAACAUCUAAAACAUGGGCAGGUGGACAAGUUACUUUGGGAAGCUUACGGUAGUUGUAUUGGGAGAAGGAGCAGUAUUCUGCGAGAGAGUAUAUGCAGCAGUAGUUUGCAACUCAGCGAUUCUUUGCAGUUCCUCACUCUCCCCUGUGCUCUCAACAAUAUGCAAACCCUCCUCCAUAUCCGCUGUGCCCAUCAUAAUGGUUGGCAGGUUUCUGUUACUUUUAUAUGAAGGCCAUGUAGCUGAAUAUUUUUGUUGACUUCAGGGUGUGUGUCUUGACUUCAUGCUUCAAUGCCUUGUAGGGAUAGGAGGGUUGCAAGAAUUCGUACUGAAGUCGGCAACGCUCUCAUCGUCGCCAGCUUGCCCACCGUUUAACCCCCUCAGCUUCGAAGCAACACCGAUUGUGCGAGUUGCUGUGGAGCCAAAACACCCAAGUAAGUGUCUUCCCUCCAUUCCUUGAGUAUCCAAUCAGAAUCAUUAGGUAUACUUUCGAAAAGCCACAAGGGUGGAAAGGAGUGGUCGUAAAUGAGUUUGAGCAAAUGAUAGUAUGGUGGUUGCCUCGCAAUAAGGCAGGGUUUCCCUAACUUGGGUCUCCAGCUAUUGUUGGACUACAGCUGCCAUUAUCCCUAUCAACCAGGGCCAGUAGUCAGGGAUGAUGGGAAUUGUAGUCCAAAAUCAGCUGGAGACCCAAGUUUGGGAAACUUAAUAAGGAAAUAUUUAGAACCACUCAUACUCAUACUAGGAUGGAUGUCGGCAUGUUACAAGAAACAUGGGGCAAUGACAGCCUCGUUCUGUCUUGUUCUUGGUCUGUAAUGUGUACAACAGGAAUGGGGAACAUGUUGGACUACAACUCCCAUCAGCCCUCACUGUGGGCCAUACUGGUUGGUGCUGAUGGGAGUUGGAGUCCAGUGACAUCUGGAAGACCACAGAUUCCCCUUCCCUGGUACAUAUGUUAUAUUGCAUGGUGGCUUUCUUGAGCUCUGCAUUUGCCUGCUCCCACUUUAUGUCACUGUUAGGGCAAGGAAACAGUAAUUUCAUCAGGACAUGAAACACAUUCUGGAAGGAGAAGAGUGGAUUUGAUAUGGGGCUGUUGUUUUGAGUGGCAGCCCUGUGUCUCUUAGAACAUACAGAUCCACCCACAGUCUCUUUUUUUCCUUUUAAUCCCUCUUAAGAUUUUUAGUGCUGUUAUAAUAUGUAAAAUCUAAAAGCUAAACAAAACAUUAUUCUAUCCUAUUCUUUGUACUCAGUAUUUCACAGCAGCCUGUGCUCCCUUUUCGUACUGAGCUUCGCUCGUAUGUUACUUUGAAACCCAAGUGCUUCAGAGGUACUUCAUUUAAAAGUGCUUUUGUCUUCCCAGGUGAGAUGCCGCAGUUGGUUAAAGGCAUGAAGCUUUUAAACCAAGCUGAUCCUUGUGUACAAGUUUUAAUCCAGGAGACAGGGGAGCACGUGUUAAUUACAGCAGGAGAAGUCCAUCUUCAGCGCUGUUUGGAUGACUUGAAAGAGAGGUUGGUGGCAGGGAUAGGUGGCGCGAGAGGAAAAGGAAGAAUUGCUCAAGGCUCAGUGAUUAAAUCCAGCAUUUACAAGACAGUUAAACGUGUAAUUGUGGUUUAACCUAUGGAAAGGUCAAAGCAUCCUUUCCCAAUUCUUCCUCACUGUUGCCGGUGCACAAUGGAAGAUUUUUCAUACUGGCAUUCCUCGUAUGUAGAUUUCUAUCCAUCAGUCAAUCAUUUAUUUGUAUACUGCCUUUCCAAAAUUAAAGCCAUGCUCAAGGACAGCUGACAACAUUUAUAAAAUUACAUAACUGCAAAACAUAACAAAAGUCGUCAUAAACAAUGAACAAAACAUCAAAAAGUACCCACAUAAAUUGAACAAUUUCCACAUAAAGCAUAAGAUCCAUAAGGAAUUGGGAGUUAGGUUGUCCCUGCAUAUUAACUGUAAACUGCUUUUGUAUGUUUUCCCAAAUCAUUUGUUUGCAACCAUUGCCCAUCUAGAAAUCCUCUUUGUAGAAAAGCCCAUUUUUAUCACUCAGAAUGUUUGGUGGACACAGUUGUAAAGCUUUCACACUGUGUGCAACAGUAGAUUGCUCUGCAACGGCUAUGUUUGUUGCCAUCUUUUUCACAGCAGUCUUUUUCGUAUAGACACGACUUGACGUGUUCAGCUCAAGUAAUAGAAAUCAGGAGCCUGAUCCUUGAGUGGGUCUCUAGUCUAACUCAUUGAGUUGUGGACUGAGUUUUCAUUCCAUCCUGAUACCACUCUUAAUUCCUUGGAGGCAGGAUGGGUUUCAAGCAGCAGAGUCUCAAAGAUCGGGAAUCUUCUGGAAUAUGAACCUAAGUGACUCACACAUCUCCUGUCCGAGGAAAGUGCUGGGGCCCAUUGCCCUUCUCAGAUAAUAUUUUAGGACUUAACUUCACUCCACACUAACUCACUGGGUUGCAGCUCAGAGGAUGGGAGACCUGCUGCUGCUGCUGCUGCUGCUGCUGCUGCUGCUGCUGCUGCUGCAACAACAACAACUGUAAGAGGCAGUUGAGAGAAUUUGGAGCCUGUUCUGUUCCUCAAGAUAGGAAUCUGCUGUAUAGUCAAACCAUUGGUCCAUCAAGCUCAGUAUUGUCUACAUCAGAGUUUCCCAAACUUGGAUCUCCAGCUGUUUUUGGACUACCGUUCCCAUCAUCCCUGACCACUGGUCCUACUAGCUUGGGAUGAUGGGAGUUAUAGUCCAGAAACAGCUGGGAACCCAAGUUUGAGAAACCCUGGUCUACACUGGCUGGCAAGCAACUCUUUAGGGUUUCAAGCAAGGUUCUCUCCCAGCCAUAUCUGGAGAUGCCAGGGCUUGAACCUGGUGCCCUAUGCAUGCAAAACAGCUGUCCUGCCACUGAAGUAUAGGUAAGGUAAAGGGACUCCUGACCAUUAGGUCCAGUCGUGACCGACUCUGGGGUUGCUGCGCUCAUCUCGCUUUAUUGGCCGAGGAAGCCGGCGUACAGCUUCCAGGUCAUGUGGCCAGCAUGACUAAGCCACUUCUGGCGAACCAGAGCAGCACACAGAAACGCCGUUUACCUUCCCGCCAGAGUGGUACCUAUUUAUCUACUUGCACUUUGGCGUGCUUUCGAACUGCUAGGUUGGCAGGAGCAGGGACCGAGCAACAGGAGCUCACCCCGUCGCGGGGAUUCGAACCGCCGACCUUCUGAUCGGCAUGUCCUAGGCUCUGUGGUUUAACCCACAGCGCCACCCGCGUCCCAUGCCACUGAAGUAUAGUCCUUCCUAAUAUCCUCAUCAGGAAUGUACCAGGAUCCAAAACAGGCUCAUAACUGUACUCUGACAUAACGGGUUGCAGUGGAGGGGGCGGGAUGCCUGUUGCUUUAAGUAUGCUAGAAUGAAUGCUGCCUCCCUCCUUGGCUCCCAUUAUUGAGUAAUUGCUUAAUGUCUUAGGAGGCAGCGGGCUGCAAUGGUUAAUCAUAAUGUGAAGUUGGCAUCAUGUGAUUACUGGCAUUAACCCGCCACUGAAACCCUUGAAGACUUAAGUUUCAUUUGCUGUGAGGCCUAACUGUAGCCUUUUGGCUUUCUGUAGGUUUGCCAAGAUAGAAAUUAGCGUAUCGAAACCAAUUAUUCCAUUCCGGGAAACCAUAACAAGACCCCCCAAAGUUGACAUGGUGAACGAAGAAAUAGGAAAGCAGCAGAAAGUUGCCAUCAUACACCAGAGUAAGGAAGAGCAGAACAAAAUCCCUGAAGGUGUGCAGGUUGAUUCAGAUGGGCUGAUAACGAUAUCGACGCCAAACAAAUAUGCCACACUCAGCAUCAGAGCAACGCCUCUUCCUGAGGAGGUGACUCGACUACUGGAGAAGAACAGCGGCUUAAUUCGGACCAUAGAACAAUUCUCCUCUUACCUGAAUGAAGGUAAGAAAACAGAAGAGAUGAAUCCGAAGACCUUUGACCAGAUACAGGAGUUCAAAAAAAGACUAGAGGAAAACCUACCAGGAAGGAAAUGGAGAAAUGCCGUUGAUGGGAUCUGGUCCUUUGGCCCCCGAAAAUGUGGGCCUAACAUUUUACUGAACAGAUGUGAAGGCUACAAGAGGUCUGUGUGGCAGUGCCUGGAAGCAAGCAAGCCACCCAAGGAAGCGAGCGUGUAUCGGGAUUUUGACAACAGUCUUGUCAGCGGGUUCCAGUUGGCCACACUUUCAGGACCAAUGUGUGAAGAACCACUUAUGGGUGUCUGUUUUUCGGUGGAGAAAUGGGACAUGGGCAGAUUUGUCGAGCAAAUGUCAGUUAACCGGCAGGAUUCGGAUGAAAGGAAGUCUACAGAGGAGACAUCGGCAGGGGAGGAAACUGCCCUUGUGUCGAGGACUGGAGACACUGAAUCGGCUUCUGAAACUGAGCUGCAAGAUGGUGAUCAGUGUAGCCUCAAAUCAUCCAGUAAACCCAAAGGAGAGGCUUUGCCUGCAGACUGUUAUGGCCCUUUCUCUGGACAACUGAUAGCAACCAUGAAGGAAGCAUGCCGUUAUGCUAUGCAAGCAAAGCCACAGAGGCUUAUGGCUGCCAUGUACACCUGUGAGAUUAUGACAACAGCUGAGGUCCUUGGUAAGCAUGAAACCAGCAACAUGCACAAGCAGACCACAUGGUAGAUGUUGCAUCUGUAGGGGGAAAGCAUUGUCAGAAAGCUGACUGCGAAUGACUUCCUUGGCCAUGCCAGCUUUUGCCAACCUGAUGCCCUCCAGAUGUUUUUGGCUACAGUUCCCAUCAGCCCCAUCCAGCAUGCAGGCUGGGGUUGAUGGAAGUUGUGGUCCCAAACAUUUGGAGGGCGCUAGGUUGGCAAAGGCCGACAAAGAAAAAUAAUUAUAUUUCCUGUGAUUCUCCAGGUAUAGAUGGAAUUAUCUGGUUAACUCAGCAAGUAGUUGUUGUUGAUUAAAUUUCUGAACUGCCCUUCAUCCAAGAUUACAGGGCGGUUUACAAUAUAAUGUACUUGCAAUAUAGUUAAACUAUGGAACUUGUUUCUGUAGGAGUUAGUGACGGCCACCAACUUGGAUGGCUUUGAAAGAGAGCUGAACAAAUUCACGGAGGGUAAUGCUGCCAAUGGCAACUGGCCAUGAUGUCGAUGCAUUGCCUACACAGUCAAUACUUCUGUAUGCCAGUUGCUGGAAACCACAGGAGAAACUGCUAAAAUAAGAGGACAAAAUGAUGAUAUUUUUAUAGAAGGAGACCUAUCAAAUUAUCAUUCCUGUAUGAAAUCAUGUGCAGGAUUUGAGAUAUGAGCAACAGAGGAAUGUAGAGAAUGGAUUUGUGGGGCUUAGAAAAUAAAUGUAGAUGUGUUUUAAUGCAGCUGUUAAGGGGAAAUAAAAGAAAAUCAGGGAAGGAGAGAUGGGAAGUCAAGAAAAAACGUGUAACAAAAAAAAUUAUAUGUAUGAUUGGAGUUACGUAAUAAUUUGAAAGAUUCAAUAAAAAUAAACCACAGGAGAGGAGAGUUCUCUUGUGCUCUGCUCCUGUUUACAGAUUUCCCACAAAAGAGGCUGCUGGACUAGAUGGACCUCCUUUGGCCUGAUCCAGCAGGCUCUUCUUUAUUACUAUUUUUUAAAUAUUAUUUUUUUUAAAAAAUAAAAUGUCUUUAUAAUUUUUUUCAUCUUGGUAUAUUGACUUCGUAUUACAUUUAUUAAGUUACUUAAGCAGCCCCUCUUCCUGGGGCUUAAGAUCAACAUCCUGUUGACUAAGGCUUGCACUUAGAUGUUCUGUUUCCUCAUUGCCCACCAUUUUUAGGGGUAAAGAAAAUGAAAUACCUCAUAUGAUAAUUAACUCCAUACGUUCCUGUUGGAGUGGGAUCUCUGUUAUCCCAGUGCUCCUGCUGAGAUUUUGCAGCAGUUUUGUGGUCAGUAAAACUCACUCCAACCCUUGAGUGAAGUCCCUACAAUCUCUUCUUAAUAUUCUGAGAUCUGAAGUUUUUCACACCAUCAUUUAAUCGUAGCUGGUUACUCUAUAUGACUGUUUGUCGAGACCCUCUCUUGCCCCAGGCGUUAAUUAGUCCUCCCAGUUCAGUAAUUGUGCAUCUGAAUUGAUGAAAAGGAUGCAACAAGCUCAGUAGGUCUUUUCCCUUUUUCAGGUCGCGUUUACGCUGUCCUCUCCAAAAGAGUCGGCCGGGUGUUGCAGGAAGAGAUGAAAGAAGGGACAGACGUGUUUAUUAUCAAAGCAGUGUUGCCAGUAGCAGAGAGCUUUGGUUUCGCUGAUGAAAUCAGGAAGAGGACAAGCGGCCUAGCCAGUCCACAGCUGGUCUUCAGUCACUGGGAGGUAAAAAUUCUAUUCACUCCCAUCUGCCUUGGUGUACAAUUUCUUGUAGAUGCAGGAAAAGAAAUCAAGAUGAAGGAGGGGAGAGGUUAAAUGGUGGUCAAGACUUAAAUUUGCUCCAUUCUUUCCUAAGCCAAGCCAUACAAGCAGAUUUUUAUCUGCCUUUACAGUGGUACCUCCGGUUGUGAACAGGAUCCGUUCCGGAGCUCCGGUCGGAUCCCGAGGAAUUCGCAACGGAGGUGCCACUUCUGCGCAUGCGUGCAACGUGUAGAGCACUUCUGUGCACGCGGAGAAAUCUGGAAAAAUACUUCCAGGUUUGCUGCGUACGUAUCCUGAAGGAUACGUAACCAGAGGUGAACGUAAGUAGAGGUACCACUGUAUAUUUGCUUUUUCCAAUGCACGCUUCACAAUAUUCUGUUCUGCUUCAGUAGGUUUUGGGUUAGGGUUAGGGUGUUCCAUCCUCUGCUGGAUUGAAUUUAAAGUCCAUUAAGUCCAGCAUUAUGUGUCCAGCAGCAGCCAGAUGUUUCUGGGAAACUGGUGAGCAGGGUAUGAAGGCAAUAGCUGUCUUCAUCUUCUACUCCUGGUUGCUCCUCUUCUGCCACAAAAAAAGAGUAGAAAUAAGACACUAGGGAAGGACAAUUUUAAAAUAAUUCUCUUCAUUCUCUAUAAAGUGGCCUAUGUUUGAUACAUGUGUUUCUGCACACAAUAGAGACAUAUGUGGUGGAAUACAAUAGACAUAUAUUUGGUGUAAAGCACUCCUUCCCAAACUUUUCCCCCCAUGGACCACUUGACAAAUUGCUUGGGGUCUUCGCGGACCACUUAAUGAUUGUUUUGCCUGUUGCAGCGGUUGUAAUGCGCAGCGCUAAGUAGAUGCUGUAUGGUUAUUAAUUGUGUUUCUAUUGCUCCUUUUAUUUCUCACAUCGUAUUUUAUUAUGUUAUAAUUUGCAUUUCAUGGAAUUCAAAUUGUGCAACGGAAUAAAAUACAAGAAAUAAAAGAAGCAAUAAAACGACGGUUUAAAAUCAGCAUGGAUAUUUAAUGCAGACACAACCACCGGAAUGAAGCUUGCAGACCCCUGGUCCACAAUUUGGGAACUCCUAGCAUAGAGGGAGACAGUAAAUGGAGAAGCAUCCAUUUUUAGAAGGAGUAUCCCACUGAAUGCCCCAGUUUCUGGGGUGGGGAGCAACAGUGGGGGCAGGCAUUUAUGCCCUGUUUUGUGGGCUUCCCAUAAGCUUCAGGCUGGCCACUGAAAGAGAGAGAGGAUGCUAGAUUAGAUCGACUUUUGGUUUCACCCAACAGAGCAGUUUUUCUUUUAUGUAGCCUCCUAACAAGGUAACCAGCACACAGGGAAAACAGUAGGGGGGUGUUUUUGUGCUUGUAGAAAAGAACCUUUCUUUAAAGUGUUCUUUCUGGAAGGUGAAAUCUUUUGAAAUGCUGAAAUAGAUACCAUGGAUCAAAUAUUAUUUGGAUCUUCAGAGGCUCUUUGCGGGUUGAUAGCGGCAAUAAAAUAAGUGACCUGUACACUUAGUUUUCUGCCUCCUGUCCUUUCUUCUUCAACUGUGUUUUUCUCCAACCAUGUAAUUUACAAUCAAGAGCUUUUGAGGAGAAGAUUCUUUAAGGGAAUAGAAAGAAGAGUAGAAUUGCAUCCCUUUUCUAAGAGCAUUUUUAGUUUUAAAGUCUGAAAUCUGCUCCCUGUUUUCAGAGACCUGCGAGAGGAAAAUACAGACUUGAGUUCAAAACGCGCUGUGUAAUUCUUCUAAGCUCUGGAUGUGUGAACAGAUCUGUCGCCUACCAAACAAACAAAACUGCUGCUUUAUCCCCUUCCAAGUUGCUUGUGCAAGGAAGUAGCUUGUUUCUCUUGAAUCCAGUUCUAAAAUUCAGGCUCUUGUCGCUCUUGACAUCAUCAGGAGUCUGGAGUGCCACCACGUGACCCGCACCUGGCCAGCCUCUUCCCUUUCCUCUUCCUUGUUGGGAUAUUGAUAUCUCACUGUUAGACUUCACUACUUCCCACGCACCAGAGGAACCAGCAGCUGGGAGCAUUUUCUAUAGACAUGAUUGGCUUUGUAGACCUCAUCCUAAACUGGCUGGGAAGCUUCUGAGAUGUUGGGGAGCAACAUUUCCUGAUUUGUAUGGGAGUUGUAGUUGUGUAUGUCUCCCAAAUAAUUCAUUGAAGUAAUGCAUUUUAGGGACGCAGGUGGCGCUGUGGGCUAAACCACAGAGCCUAGGGCUUGCCGAUCAGAAGGUCGGCGGUUCGAAUCCCCGCGACGGGGGAAGCUCCAGUUGCUCAGUCCCUGCUCCUGCCAACCUAGCAGUUCGAAAGCACGUCAAAGUGCAAGUAGAUAAAUAGGUACCACUCCCGCGGGAAGGUAAACGGCGUUUCCGUGCACUGCUCUGGUUCACCAGAAGCGGCUUAGUCAUGCUGGCCACAUGACCCAGAAGCUGUACGCUGGCUCCCUCGGCCAAUAAAGCAAGAUGAGUGCCGCAACCCCAGAGUCGGUCACGACUGGACCUAAUGGUCAGGGGUCCCUUUACCUUUACCUAAUGCAUUUUAUGCAGCUCAGCUGGAAGUGAUGAAUCUUUAGCCCAGUUAAGGAUGGCAUCUACAGGUCCAGUUCAGCCAGCAAGGAGGGUUGGCCGGCAGUGGCAGCAAAUGCAUUAGGAACCAGACCCUAAUUUGGAGGGGCCUGGGCUUGCAAUGUUUACUGAAGAUCUUCUUAAUAUCCUGCAGUAAAUGAAUGUAUUUUAGCUAUUUUAAAUUCAUGAUCUUCUCAGCCAUCUCUUUUUGACAGCAGACAUCUAUCGAGGACGUUUUUGUUUCCAAAGUAAACGAAUGAGAGGUACAAUGCAGUUUGUUGUGGACGUACAGUACUUUUGACUAAUCAGGUUUCACUGCAAUAAACAUUGGAAGCUAGUAAAAGGAAUUUUAAGUGGAAAAAUGACACACAGUGCAAGGCUGUGAGAUGACCAUUUUUUCCUCCUGUGGUUCCAAGAUCAACAGAAAAAAGCUCUCUGAGCAUAAAAAAUUAAAUCCACUUCAGCUCCAUCUGCUUAUUCUUGGAGCUUUCAUUGAGUGGCUUCUACUAGUACAGUUAGACGGUCAGGAAUCCAGUUCUGAUUCUAUGCUAUACAGAUUCCGCUAACUUCUGAUACCUUCAUAGUAAUCCAUAAAGUUGGUGUGUUAAUGAUCCUGGCUGUACCGUUGCUGAUUUUAUUUGUUAUCUUUAGAUAACUGCCAUACCUCAGCACAUCCUUGCCUGCAGCCGUUGCAGUAGGCCAGAGUAAUCAUUUCACCAUUAAUGAUCUCCAACUUAGCCUAACCCACCGCACAAGGCUAUUGUAAGGCUUAAAAAUGGGAUAAUUCUCGCCUCCUUGUAAAUACCCGACUGAUAUGUGCAUGAUCGUGCACACAUGCACAGCGCUGAACCCAAAGUUGACCGGGAAACUUAUCUCUUUGUCUCGUCUUACCUCUCAGGGUUGUUGCAAGAAUAAACCAGGAUUCCCUGUGAAACUGAAAAUGCAAAUGCAAAUAUAUAUUUAUACAGCUACACUUCUUACAGGCUGCUUUGUUGAUUCCUCUGGGAAAUCAGCAUACCCCCACAGAAAAAAAGGGAGAAAAUCAACAAAAGAAAAGAAGGAACUGAAAACUUUAAAAAAAAAAAAAAGAGGGAUGGAAUAGAGGAAGAGAGAUAUCAGCCAAAUAACUGUACUUCAAUAAUUGUCAGGGACAUACAGAGCAGAAAUUAUUUUUCAUUCAUUUUUAGGUGACUGGCGGCACCUUUUCAAGAUUUGAGUGCAUCUUUCCUAAUUUCAAAUAUGUCUGCUUUUAGCCGACGGUCAAAAAUCACUGUUCAUUGCUGCCGCCCCCUUCCAUUAAUUCAGCUCUUUGCACAAUUCCUCUCUUUUUUCCCCCCUAGGUAAUUUCAGAUGAUCCGUAUUGGGUACCAACCACAGAGGAAGAGUAUCUGCACUUCGGGGAGAAGGCAGACUCCGAGAACCAGGCCCGCAAGUACAUGAAUGCUGUAAGGAAGCGGAAGGGACUUUAUGUAGAUGAGAAAAUCGUGGAGCAUGCUGAGAAGCAAAGGACUCUCAGCAGAAACAAAUAGCUGCCUUCAAUUCUCUUUCUCUCUUAAGUGCAGGUGGAUUAUCUUCUGUACCGGAGAUUCAAAAAAAGUCACCUUGGAUGUACAAUUCUGUGUGGGUUUUCUUACUGCGAGUUGUCUGUGGCUUGAGUUUUAAUAAACCUAAGCCUUUCCAACUUCUUUUCUUGUGAUUAUACACUACAGCUUCCUUGUUAUAUUAGCGGCUUGCAAAUGUCCUACCUCCUGGGAACCGUUUUCACAUCUCCUCAUCUGCCAAGGGACACCUGCAGGGCUGAUCCAGGAUCCCCGCAUACCUUGAGUCAAAUAGGCAUCAGCAUUUGGUCUUAAUUUUAACCAGCUAUAGCUGGAUCAAUGUAGAACAUUUUCAUUUAUUAGAAUACUACUCCUGAUGAAUCAGCCAGCAUUUUUUGAAUGAAUGAAUGAAUAAUUCACUGUUUAUUAAUUGAAAUAGUUUUGCGCCUUCUCCAAUGGCAAAACCUCCCUCAAGGCGGCUUGCAAAAUAAAAUGGAAUAGAGCAAAACACACCUGACAAAUAAAACCGGCAAUAAUCAAUAAAACAGUUGUCCCCUAAAACGAUAAAAAGCAGUAAGAAGUCAAUGUCUAAAACCAUCAGUCCCAAGAAUCAUACCUCAGUGGAAACAGAUAUGGAUCUUGAGAGCUCUAUGGGUUUUCACCGUGAGUACUUAACCAUCUGCAGAUUUUAAUAAGUGCCACCUCAAAAGGUUUUCUGUCCUGUGUGGGAGUGGAAAAGGGAAGGCCUCUUCUAAGACGGUGUCUUCUGUGAUACAUGUCUGCACCACCAAGAACUGGGCAUGGUUUUGCUUCUAAACUCUGGUUUCAUCUCCUGUUCAAAUUUAUUUAGAUUUAAUCAGCUGAAGCUUGCCUAAUAAUAUCAACUAAUUUUACAAUUCUUUGUGUGUCUUCCUGGAAGUACCACUGAUUUAAAUAGGGUUUCCUUGCUAGUAAGUAUACCUUGCCAAGUGCAGCUUAAGAUUUCUUUUAACUAGGCAACUGCCCGCUUAUUUCAUGUGGGGUGCUAUCUUGGCCUCAGUGUUACCCUCUCUGAAGUGAAAUAUGAACCUACUGUCUGUCUUCAGUUGGAAAUUUUCAUUACUGAUCUUUUUCAGUAAUGAAAAAGCUUUUCAAUAGCUUUUCAGGCAUGUCAGGAUUCCAAAAAAACCCAAAAACCCUUUCUUGAAAACAGUUGCUUUACAUAAAUGAGUCAUUAUUACUCUCUCAAUUAACACCUUGUGCUGUCAUUGAAAAAUUUAGGUACUUGCAGCAACUUUUUUUCUGCAGAUUUGAUACACUUGUGAUUUAGAUCCUGUUGAGGCUAAAUUGAGCAAAAUUAUUAGUGCUCAGAUAAAAGGGUCAGGACAAUUAAUACUCUGCUUUAGGAAGCUUCCAUAGGACAUCUUACUUUGUGAACUGCCCUGAAAUCUACAGGUAUAGAUACAAAUUAAGUUGAUGGAUGUUUUUCUCCCUCUUUUAAUAUGCUGGGAACUAGGGAUCCCGCAGUGAAAUUGAUGGGCAGCAGUAGAUUCAGGAGAGAGAUGACUUAAAUAAAUUAAUCUGCCCUCUCUAGUAAGCAACAAGGGAAGAAAAGGAACACUUAGGAAAACAAGGGUAAGGCUUGUUGGACACUCAUGCCAGAGAUGCUAUUUUAGUUCCAGAUUAUUUAUAAAUGUGUUGAGGGAAAGUGUUUUCGGCCCCCACCCACCCACUGUCUGAAUAUAUUUAAAAAGAAAGCAUGAAGACUACUGUUCAAUCAUUCUCUUGUGUUGUUGUUGUUUUUAAAAGAUGGACUGCAUUCAGUGCAAUUAUUCUUUCCCUCCUGCCUCAGUUAAUAUUUAUAAUCCAAGUCCUGGGUGUAUGUGCUCUGGUAAGUAAAGGCAUGUUCUUCCCACGCUCAACAAUCGUCCUGUUUAGAAACCCAUCAACAUUCAAUGGAUGAAAAUAAAAUAAAAGACAUUGCUACAGGUAUGCUGCAGGUAAGGGACCCCUGGAUGGUUGAGUCCAGUCAAAGGCGACUAUGGGGUUGUGGCGCUCAUCUCACUUUCAGGCCGAGGGAGCCGAUGUUUGUCCACAGACAGCUUUCCGGGUCAUGCGGCCAGCAGGACUAAACCGCUUCUGGCGCAACGGAACACCAUGGCGGAAACCAGAGCGCAUGGAAACGUGCCAUUUACCUUCCGGCUGCAGCGGUACCUAUUUAUCUACUUGCACUGGUGUGCUUUCGAACUGCUAGGCUGGCAGGAGCUGAGACAGAGCAACGGGAGCUCACCCCAUUGUGGGGAUUCAAACCGCUGACCUUCCGAUCGGCAAGCCCAAGAGGUUCGGUGGUUUAGACCACAGCUCCAGCCGCGUUCUGCAGGGACGUAAGGGAAUGCAGCUUGGCAGUGUCAUGAGAGUGUGCAUGCUUUGGUUCCAGUCUUGAUUGGGGGCAGGGGUUGUUCAGCGCCUGGUGUUUUAUAGCAGUGUGUGUGUGUGUGUGUGUGUGUGUGUGUGUGUGUGUAAAAAGAAAAUAUACAUAAUGUCAAACAUGUUUAAUACCACUUGAGAACAGUGGCUUGACUCUUCCUUUUUGUACUCUGUACACUUUUUGGUUGUGAUAGUAAAUAAGACUUCCGUUUUAAUUCAGGGCAGGUGGAGAAACUGAUUCAGCUACCAGAAGCUUGGGAAAUAGUUUGAGAUCUCCAAAGGUUCUGAGAAACACCUGCGGACUGGAAUUCUCCUGUGAUUAUUACCUCCUCCUGCUAAUUAUUCUCCCUUGCAUUUUAUUAAAUGGCCUCACUUGCCCGUUUUCUUUCUCAAUAGCAUGCUUUUUCUUGCCUGGUUGGAGUAGCCCAAAAAAUGUAUUUAAAAGACUGAAAGAGAGAGAGGGGAUACCCCAGCCUCCCAUGUCUCUGCCAAGAAAUGAUGUCAUCUGUCUCACCAUUCCUUGCUAAAUUGCUCCGUCUGCAGCCUCUCCUGUUUAUGGAAAUAAAAUGGAUUUUU